UCAUCAUUUAUUGUCUCAAUGAUGGAAAGCAACAGUCCGGGUCAAUCGACCGAGGACGAGAAGAAGCAACGAGAUGCUCGUAGGGCCCGUUCCAGGUCUCGAACGCGAUCGGGUUUAUCUUCGAGAGUUAAUUUUUUCGAAUCUGGCGCUCAAAGUCGAAAGCGAUCGACGAGUCAAUCGUUCGAACGGAAGGGCACUGAUCAUUCCAUGACAAUAGACACGGGCGUGUCUAUGGAAGAUUCCGUCUUUGAUCAAUCUGAAGUGGACCAGCUGGAACGUGAGAUAACGGAACGACGUCAGCGACUUUCACGUCGUGACGACGAAGAGGAGCGUCAACGACGUCCGGCCGUUUCGCUUCGUCGGGUCGUGUCGCCGGUGCGGGUCGAACCGAUAAGUCCCUCCCCGCAUCAGGAGGUGAAUCAACAAUUCGCUACGGAAGUAUACAUAAGCAGUUGGACGGAGCGCACGGCUGGCCGAACGCCGGAUGCCAUCCAGGUAGCCUCGCCUCCCAUUCCACCGCCGCGGGACGUCUCGCAACCUCCUUGGCGUUUGGCCCGUCGUUCUGAACCGACGACUCUCGACUCGAGUUCACGUGAAUCCCCAUUCCCGACUCCGACGACGCCCACUUCUGCUUUUACCAAAUAUCAAGAAUGGCGUGCCAGACGCUUGACGAGCGCCGAGACGGCCGAGCCCUCUGUUCCGUGGAGGAAGCAACAGCAGGUCCGCAAAGAGACGGGCACGAGUCCGUUUGGGGACGUGUUGGUAUUGCGUCGACCCUCGCAGGAAACGGCCGAUCAAUCGGCGUCGCGCAAAAAUUCGCAACUUCCGCCAUGGUAUUCCGAGUAUCGGACAGCCUCGCUUUCGCAAACGGCCUCGCGAAUGGUCGAAGGUUUCCGCGUUGGCGGAAUCAAAACACAUUACGAUUUUCACAUUACUCAAAUCAAAGAUGAACAAGAACGGGUGCAGAAGAAGACCUUCGUCAACUGGAUCAACUCGUACCUCUCGAAGCGAGUUCCACCGCUUCGAGUGGACGACUUGAUCGAAGACUUGAAGGAUGGCGUUAAACUCAUCGCCCUGCUGGAAGUCCUCGCCAACACCAAACUGCCGGUCGAGAAAGGGAAAAAUAUGAAGAAGGCCCACUUUCUCAGCAAUGCCGAUACGGCCAUGAAUUUUCUGCGCUCUAAGCAGAUUAAAUUGGUGAAUAUCAACCCGUCAGACAUCAUCGAGGGUAAACCAUCUGUCGUUCUUGGUUUGAUAUGGACCAUCAUUCUCUACUUCCAGAUUGAAGAGAACACAAAGAUAUUGGAUUUGGGUCUUCGGCCCAGCAGUUGCAGCAGCUUAGAAAGUAGCGCUGGCCUGAGAGCCAGCCCUGCCCAGUUGCAACAUCAACCUCAAUAUUCGGCGGAGAAGAAAUCUUCGCCCGUUUCUUCUGCCGCUCCGGCAGAACCCCGAGCGCCCGCACGUGAUAGGACCGGAGCCCGUAAAGCGCUCCUCCAGUGGGCUCAAAAUGCCACCAAAGACACAACCGGCGUGGUGGUGAAUGAUUUUGGAACAAGUUGGCGUGAUGGAACGGCCUUCAUCGCCAUUGUUAAUUGCAUUCAGCCGGGCACGAUCGACGCGGAAGCGUACCGCAAUGCGCCCAAUCGUGUACGUCUUGAGGCCGCGUUCCAGGCAGCAGAGCAAAAUUUGGGUGUUGCUCGUCUGCUGGAUUCAGAAGACGUCGAUGUCAACAAGCCGGACGACAAAUCCAUUAUGACGUACGUUGCUCAGUUUUUACACAAAUAUCCCGAACCGGGCAAAGGGAAAAAACCUGGCGAAGCCGGAAGUGCUCCGUCGCUGGAACAGCAACAGUAUCGCGAUUUCCUCGCCUGGCUUAACAGCAAAAACUCAUUACUGGAACAACUGCAAGGCGGCAAGGGUUACGGUCUAGAGUACAAGGAUUACGAACAGCUGAAAACCGAGUUCCAGUCGCAGCAACGCGUACUGGAAUAUUUGCGCGCCUUGGUCCUGCAACCCGGACGGGGCCUGCCGGGCGUCACGUACGAAUCGUGGCAACAAGUUGAGCUUUCGUGGCAGAAACUGGAGACGCAGCUGCGCCAUUGGCAGUGGACCCUGGACACGAGCUUACCGGGAGUCCUGGGCCACGUCGGCGAGUGGCUCAACAACGCCGAACAUCUUCUCUGCUCUGAAGACUUGCCGCCGAAUUUCGACGACGAGGCGGCCAACGCACUCAAAGUCAAACUGGAUGAGCAUAAACAUUUCUUCGCCGAAUUACCAGCCAUAAAUGCGGCUUUUGAUAGCGCCAUCAGUGAAUCGUUGCCGACUGGUGUGUCAGCUGGACAAAUUCAGGAUAUAGCCGCACGUCUACAAAUCUUACCGGAACGUGCCGCCCAUCGCGCAGCUCGCCUUCGCUUCCUGGAACACAAAUGCUGCAUUUUGGCCUUUUUGGAUUUGACCGAAUCCAAACUGAAAUCUUGGUCCGUCCGCUACGGCACGGAAGAGACGAUUAUCCACAUGCUGGAACAGUACCGUGCCUUUGUCUCGCGCAACAAACUCUUUCACGAGUUCGAGAAAGCCUUCGCUGAGAUGCAGCAAGUCGCCGAAGAGUACAAACGCGAGGUGCGGACCAUGGAACUCCGCGAGCUCAACGAGAUCGACCAAUUCAUUUACAGCUCGGGCGAACGGUGGCGCGGGCUCUCCACCGGUCUCCGAUGCGCCCAAGGGAUCCUCGAAGAGGUCCUGGCCUACUGGAAACGCUGGAACACCCAGUGUCCUGCCUUCGAACAAUGGCUCAAUGUUGCCGAACCCAUGCAACUGAACACCGAACUUUCUGAAGAAGAUAAAAUGGAAUUCUUUCAAGAUAUCGGCACGUGGAAAGAAAAAUACGAACAGUUGGGCGAAACGGCCGCUUUUCUCGUUACCACUUGCGAGCCCAGCAUUUCGAGAUCGAUUAAAUUGCGUAUCGAUGAGAUCACAAGACGCUGGGAAUUAUUAUUCGACAAUGUCCGGCAUUACCUUCAAGCUGGCGAGAUCCUUCGCCAUCGCAAAGAGUAUCGACAAGGCUCGGAGAAAUUAGAAAAAUGGAUCGUUCGAGCGAAUGAACUUCUAUCUUCGAUUCCAGUUGGCAAUUUGGAAUCGAUGAAACGUUAUGGAGAUGAUUUACAGCAGCUUUAUUCCACUGUCGAUGAAAUGGAACAAGUACAGAAACACAUCAGUCGCCACUUCCAAUCGCUCGUGUCCGAGCUCAGCGCCGAAGAAUUGCAGGUCAUUGGGGGUUCGUUGAAACGCCAGAAAGAGACACUGGUCCGCAUCCGAGCGCUGAUUGCCGUGCGGAUUCAACAGUACCAUCAGCUCCGCACUCAAAAGGAAUCGCUGGAAGUUGGAAUGGGAGAGAUCGAAAACUGGCUGGCCGAAGCACAAAAAUCCCUGGAAUCUUUGACCAAACUGGACACGGACCUAGAAGCCACAACGCAAGGCUUAGAGAAUCAUCAGGCUUUCUUCUCGCGUCUCGUAAAUUACAAACUUUUGCUGGACGACAAAUGGAAAGUGUUUGAAACGAUGAUCAGGUCCAGCCCGGCUUUGCCAUCUCAAGGCCCCAACGAUGACGAAGACUUAUUGGCUACACGUCAAAAACUGGAAUACCUAACGGCUGGCAUGGCAGAAGUCACCAACGAUUCGCACCAAUGGGAAGUCCGUCUAACAGACGGCAUUCAAGCUUGGAGGAAUUAUCAGGAAUCGUUACGAUUGACGACGCAGUGGCUUCACCGAGCCGAAUCGCUCCUCAUGGCCGAAAAGAACGCCAAUGCCCAGCAAUCGCUUGAAUUGCACGCAUCUUUCUUUAACGCGAUUGACGAACGUCUCGUUAACAAUCUUCAAGCUGCAGCUACUCAACUCUUGCAAUGGCUGCCCGCUGAAUCCAUGAGGAAGAUGACAGUAUCAGAUGCUGCGCAGACGACGUUAGAGAAUUGGCGACGUCUCAUUGGCCUGGCUCCAGUGCAUCGUAUGAAAUUGGAAUUCCUGCUGGAUCAAGACGCUUUUGCUAAUUUGGCCCGUGAUGUUGAUCAACAACUGGUAGCCGAGCAACAGGCGCUUUCUCUUAGCGGUACCAAUACGGCACAAUUGCUGGAACAACAUCUUCUCUGGUUCGGAACGCCGGCUGGACCGGCUGUCAGCCAGGCUCAUGUGUUAGUGGAGAGACUGGAACACACAGCUGCGUGCAUCCCCGACGUAGAAAUUCAACAGGCUUUCGAGAACGUGCGUAAUCAAUGGAACACUCUAAUGCAACGGGCUGAUUGGCUCCUUGGCCAAUUGCAGGCUAUUCCGCAAAAAUGGAAUGAAUAUCAAAUUCAUUUUGAUGAUAUGGUACGAUGGAUGUGCGUGGUUGAUCAAACGAUUGCCAACAUAUCGGUAGAUGCCCAGUCUCUGGACAAUUUUAAUCGUCUUCGCGAAGAGUUCCAGUCUACCUGCAGUGACGUGGAUGCCCGUCGUGAAAGCAUGAAAUGGCUUGUCCAGCGACUUGAUUCCAUGUUGAGUUACAAAACGGAAGAAGAAGGAAACCUGGCCCAGCAUCAAUUAGAAGAGCUGAUUGCUCGCUACAAGAACUUGGUUUUGGUCAUUGAAUCGACACAAUCCAAGACGGACCUCCUCACCAAAUCCUACCUUUGCCGCCAAGAGAUCCACAAGACCUGCGCCUCUUUGGAAGCCAGUCAACCAAUGACUUCAGCAGAACAGGAGAGUAAUGAUUUAUUAUCGCUGGACGCUGAUACUUUUAAACAAGAAGCUGUUGUCAAAGAACUUGACGGGCAAAGGGUGGCCAUUGUCAGCUUGUUGCAACGUGGCAAAGACCUUCAACAUCACCAAGGAGCUCCUGAAUUCCUUGCUGAACAAGUGCAUCAACUCGAAACAGUUUGGAAUGACACGUUUGAAUUGGCCAAUAAUAAAUUGAAGAAACUUAAAGGAUCGGGACGCUUGUGGCGUGAUUACCAGGAACAGAAAGCUGAUAUUAAUCAAUUGCUGCACAAAGCGGAAGAAGAAUUGAAACAGAGCUAUUCAAAUUUCGAUCCACUUAAAAUCGGUAGUGAGCUUAAAGCCCGUCUGGAGGCCGGCGUUGAAUUGCGUCAGGCCACUGACGAUAUCUUGCGUAAAAUGCGUCAGAUUUUGGACGAAUUGAAUCACUGCGUCAGCAUUGAGCAACGUCGUUCUCUGGAGGAAGAAUUGCGUGAAAUUGAGAGACGGACAGAAUCGAUCCGUUCACUUAGUCUGGACAAAAUUGCAUUGCUGGAUGAAUUCAGCUCACGGUUGAAAGCACUUAUGACUCAAGUGGAAUCUAUUGUCAAUUGGCUCCAAAUGGCUCAGAAGCUCCUUCAGCAAUUACUCUCCUUGAAUUUAUCACCUCAAGAACGAGUUAAACGGACGGAAGAGCUUCAAACUUCCAUCACCGAAAAGAUGGAAUUACUUUUAACGAUCCAGCAAGAAGUGGCCGAAUUGCUAGCCAUGCAGCAAUCCGCAGAUCCUUCGUCUGGACCUCCUUUGACGUCCCAACGUCUGUUAGGCGUUGAUGUAGCUGGAUUACGUAACACCAUCACCCAAAUGAGAACUGCCGUCCAGGAGCAAAGCCAAAGUGUUUUCCAGGAUAUGGAACACUGGAGAGAAUAUAACGUACAAGCCAACGAGGUGAAACCUUGGCUGGACGAUGCUGAAAAGAGGACGGCCGUCAUCGUGACUCGUCCGAGUUCCGUCUCUGAAAUGGAAUCGUUGCUGGACGCUGCCCGUCUUUUCGAGGACGAGUGCAAACGCCAGUUGACUAAAUUGCAGCAAAUGUCGUCCCACUGUCAGCAAAUGUUCCACCAGUCCAGCACUCGCGAUGAAGUAGACGCUCUCCACAGUCGCUGGAACGGCGUUCACGAUACGGUUGUCCAGCAACUCGAGCGUUUGGAGCACUUGCAAAGUACGUGGACUGCUGUUAUUAAUAAAAUGGAUUCGAUUGUUGAAUGGCUUGAUUCUGUUGAAAUUCAACUUGAUUCACUGCAACAAUUGUCUUCUAACUUGGGCAGCCUUGAAAAUCAAUUGGGUGAUUUGAAGAAUGUCAUGAAAGGAGCGUCUGAAAAGCAAUCCGAUUUAAUUGUGCUGACGCAAGAAUGUGAUACGAUUGUUCCUCAACUUUCUCCGGAAGGUGCAGCAAAUUUACGUUGCCAGGUGAUGGACUUGAAGAGUCGUGUUUCUCAGUUGUCCGAUUCCGCCCGCCAUCAGAUCAAUACAGUAUCAGAUGCCAUUGUUCAAAGACAAGAUUUACUUGGGCGAGAAACGGAACUGGUUCAAGCGUUCCGUGAGACCGAAGAUGGUUUAAAACAGCUGAGCGAAGUGGAUGUACGUCAUUUAGAUGCUCCGCUUGAAACAGCUCAUCAGCUGUUGCAACAUUUGGAAAACCAACAGCCUCGGGUAAAUGCCUUGCAAACGGAGAUCAGUCAACUUCAAACUACUUGCACCCCGGAAGAAAGGGCCGUCUUAGCCGAAAAAUCUGAAGAAUUGGACCAAACCACAAAGGGAUUGGUGUCCAGACUCACUGGUAAGAAUGACUGCUUGAAGCGCUGGAACGCUUUGGCCGGCUGGUCAUUGGCUGCCAAUGAUCAACUGAGUCAUGUCUUACAGCAGCUUGAAGAUCAGAAACCUGGAGCUCAAGAACUUGCCCAUUUGCUUGCUGAAGCUGAUGAAGUCCAGUUGCAAUGUGAUACACAACUAAGUGAAAACGCAGACCUUGAUCAAGUGACUCGUUCCAGCGAAACUGCCAUCAAAUUGGGUCUGUCCACAACACCUUGCACAGUAGCUAGUUUUGUAGGUCAAGUAGAAAAACAAAUCAAUCGAGUCCGGGGUUUGGUAACGGACCGCACUAACCAAAUCCGCCAACUGGAUGAGAAGUGGAGUCAAUUCGAACAGGAACGUGACAAACUCUUACAGCAAUUGCAAGCCAUCAAGUCAGACGCCGAUGGACUGUCUGCGUCUGAAAGCAAUUUGAGCGGAAUUGAACAUUUCCUGCCCGCUAUACGUGCGCUCCUAGAUCGAACCAAACAACUAGAAGUUGAGAAAGAGAAUCUUCAUAAAGUUGGAAAACAUUUGACUCAGUUGAGCUCGGCAACGCUGGGAUCGAUUCAAAGCAAACUGAGUUCUGUGGAUACUGAAUAUGAUCUCAUUCAGCGCAAACUAUUAGAGCAACAAACCCAAUGUAAUGACAUCCUGUCCCUUUGGAAAGAAUGCUGCGAUGCCAAGUUGCCCAUCCAAACUGCUGUUAGUGGUGCAGCCAAAGUCUGCAAUGAUGUUCAAGAUCGACAGCCAGAGGAUUUGAAUGAGACUGUCCAAUUGAGCGAUCAAUGCCGAAAAUCAGUUGAACAGCUGAGAAAAUGCCGGGCUCCUCUCGACUCUUUGGCUAUUAAAAGCGGACACUUGCAUGAUAGAUUGGACCGUGUUUCAGGGUUUGAUCCGUCUAUCCUGCGUAAAGAAAUGGCAGAUAUGCAACACGAAUGGACAGAAGUUCAAUCGGCCCUUGGUGGACGGAUUCAAACUCUUGAUAUGCAGCAAGUUGUCAUGCGACAGAUCGCCACUCUCAAAGAAGAAAUUCUCAACUGGACCAGCGAUUCCAGAGAAGCUUUGGCCGACACACUUUCGCAACCAACUGAUUUAGAUCUAAUGGAAUUGAAGCUGAAGAAAGUCAAGCAGGAAUUGCCGACAUAUGAGGGUAUCCGUGAGAGCAUCCGUGCCAAAAUUGAUCAAUUAAAGGAAUUGUGCCAAGGCCAUUGCCCAGCUUCCAUUAACAGUUUGCAAGACUUAAUCGAUCAAGAAAUCGAUCAAACGCAAACUCUUUGUGGCCGGCUGGAAUCAUCCAUCACGACCACAAAACAUGAUGAAGAAGAAUUGUACCUCGAUGUUAAAGCCUUGACCAAUCAGAUCAGUGAAAUGAAGAUGGAAUUAAAGAGCUGCGAGGAUAUGAUGGGCAACGAUGAGCAGUUGGCUCAACAGUUCCGUGCGUGCCAAAUUAUUGCAACAGGGUAUCCCCAACUCCAGGAAUUACUAAAGACCUUGAAGCAACGAUGUGCCAAAUUGGAAUCUCAGUGUGGGACAGCCGGUGAGGGUUUCCCACUUGCCAAAGAAUUGCGAGCUAUUCAGAAACAAAUGGACGCACUCGGAGUUCAAAUAAAGAAACAAAGCGAAGGUUUACACGGUAUACUCCAGAAACGCUAUAAUGAGAGGAUGGCCAUUGUCCAACGAAUCAUAGCCAGCUGUCGUGACAAACUUGAUUGGUGCUCAUCGGAGCCUAGUGCUGAUCGUUUCGGCAUUGAGGCAAAACUGGACGCUUUACAAGCAGUCGAAGUGAGUUUAGCAGAUGCAGAAAACAAGUUUAUUGAAGUACAGAGCGUUGCGACUGCUCUCGCUUCCAUUUCUGAGAAUCAGAAAGGUGAAAUUGAUUCAUCAAUCACAGCAAUGGCGGAGAAACUUCGUAAUUUACGUGAAGAUUGUGACGAUAAACGCCUUUCUAUCGAUCAUAAUAACGAUUUAUUGCGUCGUUUUGAGCUGACUUCAGAGAACGCAUCAUCAUGGCUGAGAGAUGUGGAGGCUGUAAUUCGCAAUGAAACAGUUAGCCAGGCUGGAGUAGAUCAAUUGGCUGAUAAAAUCCAAUCUAUCACUGAACUUUAUUCGGACAUUGAAAGUCAUCGCCCUGAUAUUGACGAAAUUAAAGUCAUUUCAGACCAAGUGAUGGCACUAAUGCCCGAAUCGCAUGUGUCCCACUUCAGCAAUCAUCUAACGAUGCGAUUUACGACGGCCCUCAAAUUCGUUCAGUCUUGUCUGACUAAACAAAAGACUCUUCAGUCCGGCUAUCUAGAGUACCAAACAGCUCUACAGAAAAUGGAAGCUUGGUUGCAAUCAGCAGACGAUCAAUUGCGCGUUCAUGAAAAGGACGUCACAGCUGUUCCAGGAUCCAAACCCAGUUUGGCUUACCAAUCGAAAUUGCAAGCGUUGAAACAAUUUAUGGAACAAAAGGAAGAAGGCCAAUCAUUACUCAAUCAAGCUGUCCAUACUGGCGAUAGUAUGGUGCCUAACAUUACAGCCGAAGAUAAAUUGGCUAUUCGAGUGGCUUUGAGAAACCUUCGCGAUCGUUGGGAAUCACACCUGGAUGAAGUUAACAGUCUGUACAAGAAAGUUGAAGGCAUCAUCUUGCAGCUCUCAUCAUUCGACGACAGUUGCCGUCAAAUCCGACGCUGGAUCGAAGAAACGAGAAAACGCUUCAAUGAACCUGAUAUUGAAGAGGAAGGAGAGGAUAUCGAUCAAUCGCAUGUCCAAGACGUCAAAGAACAGCUGCAGACCUUCCGUAUUUUAGCUCAAGAUGUUCUGUCACAUCAGAGCCUAAUUAGUCGACUCCGCGAACGUCUCCAGGAAAUUUCCAAUCCCGACGCGGCCGCUACCGUCGACGACAUUGCGGCCUCCUACCAGAAACUCGUCCAGGAGAGCCAAGAGCGAGUUGCCGUGCUGGAGAAACAGGCAGCCGAUUACGACGCUUACGUCUACAGCAUCGAGACGUUCCGUGAUUGGCUGACGGGUCUCUCGGCAGAUCUGACCCUUACCGAAGAAGGCGUGACGGACAAAGCGUCCGCCGAGACGAAACUUAGGGUCAUUUCUGAGCUCUUGCAACAGCGCGAAGAAGGCCAGCAACUCCUUGGUCGUUGUGUCUCUUGUUUGGAACAAUGUCUUCAAUCAGCAGGAUCUUUUGUUGGUCAUUUAGAUCCUAAAGUUGAAUUUGAAAUUCAGAAAACAAACUGGGACGCAUUUUUAGCCGAAUGUCAAGAACGGAACGAUCGAUUAUUAUCUGUUUGUUCACGCUGGACUGCUUUUGAAGACACGGCUCAUACUUUAGCUCAAUGGCUGCGCCAAAUGGAAGGCCGGGUCCAAGAUCAAGCUCUCAAAGCGACUGUGGCUGCUAAAGAAACGCAUCUCGAGAAGCUCAUUGCGGCUCAGUUGGAGAUCACCCAGAAAGAACCUGAAUUUUCAGCCAUUUUGCAAUUAAGCCAACAGAUCGAAGGUGAUUCUGCCCUCCAGGUGCAAGUUCCUCAAAUGAUGGCCCGAUACCAAACACUUAUUGGAACUGCUCGCGAGAUGAUUACUCGUUACCAGCAAUACGUUAAAGAACACAAGGACUUUAACGACAAUUAUACAGAAUUUACAAAAAAGAUGGAAGACCUUGCCGGACGCCUGGAUUCGUGCCGUGAAAUUGUUGGAGAUUUCAAGAUCCUCCAGGAAAAACGGGCAGAACUGGACCAAUUGCAAGAGCAACGUCUCGAACUUGAUAAGAAUGGUGAUAGUUUAGUUGAUAUGGGUGAAAAGCUCUACGUUCACACGGGCCCUGACGGCCGAGAAAUGCUUCGUGUCCAGCUGAAAGUGGUACGAGAGAGAUGGGAAGCAUUGUGUGAUGACCUGGUAGCAACUGGUUCUGAACUGGAUCAAUGCCUCCAACAGUUCUCUGAGUUCUCGGCCAGUCAGGAACAGUUGACUCGCUGGUUGAGAGAAGUUGAGCAAUCGAUGCUCCAGCAUUCUGACCUCAAAUCAACUCUGCAAGAGAAGCGCGCCCAGCUACAAUCCCACAAAAUCGUCCACCAGGAGAUUCUUGCGCAUCAAACCCUUGUUGAUUCAGUGUGCAGCAAAGCCAAACAGCUGAUCGAUCAAACUCAAGAUAAAUCCCUCAGUGUGUACAUCACGUCCAUUCGGCAAUUAUUUGCCAAUAUCGUCAGUAAAUCUGAUGAGCUAAUGAAUCGAUUGGAAACAUGUGUCAAAGACCAUACACAACUGAGUUCGCUGGUCAAAUCGUUCCAAGACUGGAUUACUAGCUUCCGUGACGAAACGCAAAGCUUGGCAGAUACAAUAGGUGAAAAAUCUGAAACCAAAAAGAAAAUCAAGGCGCUGGAAGAAAUACAAGGAGGACAGGAGCAAGGCCGUUCCAAAUUGGAAGAGAUCCAAAAUUUAUGUUCAACCGUAGUGGCUUUUACGUCACCCCGUGGAUGCGAACUACUGGCCAAAAGUGUAGCCAGUUUGCAAGAUGAACUGGAAGCUGUAUCGACAAGCCUUCAAGACAUCAAACGAAGCCAAGAGACAAUUCUCCAGCGAUGGCAAUCGUUCGAAGAACGACUGGAAUCUUGCAACGUUUGGUUACGCCAACAGGAAACUGCUUUCGGCGAACAGGCUCUACAGGUGACUUUGCCAGACAAGGAGGCUCAACUUGUUAUCUUUCAGAAGGCCCGUGAUACCAUCACUGGCUACGAACCUGAAGUAGAUGCUUUCGUAGAUCACGCAACGGCAUUGUUCCAGUCGAGUGGUGUAGAGAGAUUACGCCCUCUGAUAAGUCAAAUCAGCUGCAAGUAUCAACAAUUACAUGUCCAGAGCAAAGAAGUCGUUUCUAAAUGGCACGGUAUCGUUGACGAUCAUCAUUUGUACGAAGAGAAAUUCUUUGAAACUAUCGCUUGGAUUACGUCAUUGGAAGAUGUUUUGGAAUCACUACUUCAAUUUAAAGAUCAAUCAGAUUCGGGCAAUACUACAAUUAUAGGUGUGCAGAAUUUAAUGGCCGAAAAGGAACAAGCUUCCCAUCGUCUUGGCUCCCUCACUUCAGCUGGUGAGAGGCUGUUCCCCGAUACAGCCUCUGCUGGCCGUGAAAAGAUUAGACAAGAUCUGAAACUUUUACGAUCACGUUGGGAAGAACUUGAACGUCGAUUAAGCGAGCAGCACAAGAGCCAGGAACAACAGCUCCAGCGUUUGUCUACUUAUCAAGACGGCAUUGUCCAGAUUAGCGUUUGGCUCGAUACAAUGGAGAAGUGUGUUGCCAACGAUCAGUCAGGUCUCCAGGCUGCUUCACUUCCGGAAAUCAGGUCCCAUCUUCUUAAACAGAAAACGUUCUUGCAAGAUGUUUUGACUCAUAAAAGACAAGUGGAAGCGCUGAAGGAACGAGCCAGGUCCCUAGUAGAGGAUUUGCCCAGCUCGGUUGCUCAACCCAAAGAAAGUCAAGAUGUUCAGAGGACCAUUGGCGAUAUUACUAAUCGUUAUGAGAUACUAACGAACGCCUUGCAGGGUGCCAUAGCUAAUUCUGAAUGGCUACUGGACGUUCUUCAACAACAUCACGAUCUGGAGAAAGCCCAAAGUGAUUGGCAACAACAAGCAUGGCUUCAACUUAAUUCAAACACGGAUUAUGGAGGAAGUAAACAUGCUCUCAAAAUGCGUUGUUCCAAAAUUUUGGAGAUCAUGAUCGGCAAAGACGAAGGGACGGCCAAUCUGGACGUCAUUCGUGCCCAUUUGGACAAGAUCUCUGACCGUUUAUCUCCACGCGUCAAGGAAACUUUGCAUAGGGCCUUGUCGAACGCCAACUACGAGUUUGAAAAGUAUGUUGCUGGCCUGGAAGAUGUCCGGCACACGUUGGAUGACCGUCUUCAGCAGUGGAACGAGUACGAAGGCACUUUCGACCGACUUUUAACGUGGCUCUCUGAAACGGAGACGUCGCUCAAAGACUAUAUUCCACGCUCAACAUUGGAACAAAAAGAAGAGCAGCUGGAAAAGUAUCAGGAUCUUCCUCGUCAGAUAGAGUCUCGAUCUAGAGCAAUCCAGGAUUUCAUAGCGCUUGCCGACCAACUAGAGCAAGCAAUCGUCUUCAGCAUUGGACGAAAUGAAUCUGAUAUCGACAAGAUGAGUGAUGAUUCAUCCGAUUUGAUGCAACUGUCUGGUGAGACAAGAAUAAGCGUCAACGUUCAGCAGAUAUCGUCAAGAUUCCAAUCGAUGCAAGUUGCUGCCAAAGAAAUCCUUAAAAAAUGUGAACAGGCUGUCGGAGACCACCGGCUCUAUUUGGACAAAUACAAUCAAUGUGCCUCAUGGCUAACGGCCGCUCAAGAGAAAUUCUGUACUACAUGUUCGGGUGAUGGAGAACAAGACGACUUGAACACCAUCGAACAGAAAAUCAAAGUCCUGGAACAGAUAUUGACCGAGCAACAGCAAGGAACUUCCAUGUACAACCGAGUGCAAGAGAUGGGUGAGAAACUUUACGCCACAACGGCCGUCGAAGGCCGCGAAACGGUGCGGAUUCAAAUGCAGGAACUCCAAACGGCCAUGGAAAGUUUCUACGACAACGUUGCCAGCAAAGAACGCGAACAACAAGCCAAACGAUCCAAAUGGAUCAGUUUUGAGUCUGCUAGUGAAACAUUGCGUAAAUGGUUGGCUGAUACCGAGCAACAACAUCCGUCUGAUAUCAAGUUACACGCUACAUUGGAUGAAAAGCGAGCUCAACUCAGCACUUACCGGACAUUGUUGCAGGAUGUCCUGGCCCAUCAACAAGCCAUUCUUGAUUGCCGUGAUAGAGCUCAUUACCUACCUGAAGGGGGUUUCAAAGAAGACCGUGAUAAAGUAGACGACUUCGUUGAAUCGGCAAGUCAGAAACACCAGUUGUUAUUGAAACGUGCUCAAUCGUUUGUAGAACGUUACGAAGCUAUUGUUAGCGACCAUCAACAGUACAGCAAGGCCGUCAUGGAUGCUCAAGAAUGGCUGGAUGCUACGCACGGAGCUAUCGAAAUGUGGGGAGAUAAUCGUCUGGAACGAAUCACGUUGCACGCCAACGUCGAACGACUCAAGAACUUGCAACUUGCUUUGCCUGAAGAACAAUCGCGUGUCAAACAAAUCCAGGUGUUGGGCGAAAAAGUGUUGCCUGGAACGUCAGAAGUAGGACAGAGUAACAUCCGUUCGCAGAUUGAUUGUUCUCAGCAAGAAUGGGAGAGUUUACUUAGCACGCUUCAAUCUGCCAUCGAAUCGCUGGAGAGCAAAUUGAAGCAAUGGAGCGAUUACGAGACAUUGAAAGACAAAUGUCAACAAUGGCUACGACAAGCGGAUGGUAGCUUCCAUGCAAUUGAUCUAAAGGCAACGUUGGAAGAGAAGCAGAGCCAACUGGAUCAAAUGAAAACUAUGCAGAGUGAACUUCGAAGCAAAGAGUUGGAGAUUGAUCAAGUCACUGAGAAAUCCCAGCAAUUGUACAAGAAUCUUCAAUCUCGGUCAUCGCAGACUUUGGAACUCGCUCCCAAAUAUCAACAGAUCAUGUCCCGCAUCAAAGAAUUAUCGGGCAAGUGGCAAGAGUACGUCAAUACCCAUCAAGAAUUUCAUACUCGGCUUGAAGAUUGCUUCAGAUGGCUAGCUAAUGUUAAAGCUAAACUCGCUUACUGCUCGGACUUGAGCGCGUCUUCGCAACAAGAUUUGGACAAGAAGAUGGCCACCAUUCAGGAUAUUCUGAUGUACAAAGAAGAAGGAUUCAUCAAAGUUCAAAAUACGGUGGAAUUGGCUCAAGCGGUGCUGGCCAAUACGGCACCGGCCGGCCAUGACUCCAUCAACGCCACUGUCGACCGACUCAAAGAGGAAUGGGGCCUGUUAGCCUCGAAAAUGAUGGACACUAAGGCUAAUUUGGAUGAGAUCGUAUCCAAAUGGGCCGGUUUCCUGGAACAAAUUCACCUGCUGAAAAAGAUUGUUGAGAAUGUUGAAACUUCACUGGCUGAAAACACGGUGUUGCAGAACACUCUAUCGGAAAAACGGGCCCAGCUGGAACGUCUGAAGAAUCUUGAAGAAAAGAUCAAAUGCGAACGGAUCGAAGUUAAGAGUCUGAAGAACAAAGCAGCCGAGAUGAUGGCCAGUGGACAGCAGAAUCAGGCCGCCAUUCAAGCCCAACAAAUCCUAGAAAAGUUCCAGCGAUUGGCCGAAAACGUCAAGACGGCCAAAACGAAGGCGGACGAAGAGUUCCGUGCCCACAAGGCCUACAAAGAAGCUUACGACGACUUGAUGAAUUGGAUCAGCCGAGCUCGUGAGAAGGUGCCCGUCAUGAAACACCGGCCGUUAGGUGACCGAUUGGCCAUCGAAGAGUCCGUCACGGCUCUGACUGGUCUACUAAACAAACAGGCUCAAGGCCAGUUGAAAGUGGAGGAUAUGCAGCGCAAGAGUCAAGUGUUGCUGGCCACAACAGCACCAGCCGGGCAAGGUACCAUUCGCAGCGAGGCCGGUGCUCUCCGGGAGAGUUUCGAUCUCUUCUUCAAGGAAGUCCAGUCCCAAAAGGAUCAACUGUCUCGCACAGUCAUCCAGUGGCGUGAAUACAAGGAAGAAUACGAAAGACUCUCCGACUGGAUCCAGCAGACGGACAUUGAGAUCAAGGCUCAGAAGAACGCGUUGCUGUCUACUUUGCAGGAAAAGGAGAAACAAGUAGCUGCGAUCAAGGGCCUGGUUGAUCGGCUGGACAAGGGUGAACAGCAGAUCAACAAGUUUAACGAAAUGGCUGCUGGACUACUCUCCUCCCACCUGGACACGUAUGUCAACAACCAACUGCGCCAUCUCAAUUCGCGCUACCAAGUUGAAAAGAACUUGGUGAAAGAUGUUAUGUUGAAAAUUGAAACUAACGUCGAGCAUCACCGACAGUACGAUCAAACCCUGGCCAAAGCUAAUCGCUGGAUUGAAGACGCUCGACGUGUUAUUAAAACAAGCAGCGAAGCUCAGGUGGAAGGUGAGAGCAGCAAAGAAGAACUUCAAGAACAGCUGAAUAAAAUCCAGGACUUGUUGAAACGUCAAGAAGAGGGUCAGACCUUGGUCCAUUCUACUGUUAAUUUUGGUGAGAAGGUGGCCCGUUAUACCCGUUCAGAUGGCCGUGAAGAAAUUCAAUCAACAUUGAAAAGCCUUCAACAGGAUUGGGAACGUUUAGUCCGCAAGAUGGCCAACACUAAAGUGGCAUUGGAGACAUCUUUACUGCAAUGGGCGGAUUAUUCAUCUUCAUGCAACAACUUGAAGAAAUGGAUCAGCGAGAAAGAGGCUAAACUCCAGCAAGUCUGCGAGCAAAAAGUCUCUAUGGGUCGCAAGAGCAAUCCUGGCUCUGGUAUGAGGACCCUUAGUUUGGGUGCCCGUCAAGCCACGUUGCGCCGUACCAGCAAUUUUGUCCAAGACAUUGUCUCUUUCGAGCCGAUGAUCGAAUCCGUCACCUCCAAAGCCGACGAUUUGCUCCACCGCAGCCCAGCAACGGCCGAGAUCAGCAACAAAUACCAAAGUCUUAGUCGGCAAGCUCACGAAAUCUACGCCAAACAAAAGCAGGUGAUGGAUGUUCACCAGUCGUUCAUCGACGCCGGUAACGAGUUUAUGCACUGGUUGAGAGCUGCUAAGGAAAUGGUCAACAAGUUGUCGGAACCGACUGGCGAUCGCGAAUCGCUCAGCAGCAAAGUGACUCAUGUCAACACCAAACUGAUGACGGAAAAAGCAGAAGGCCAGCAGAAACUGGAAAAAGCUUUGGAGAAGGGCGAGGCCGCUUGCAAAGCUAGUGACGAAGAAGAUCGCGAUAUCGUCGAGGAAGAAGUCGCCUUCUUGCAGGAAGAAUUCGACAAUUAUUGCGAAGCUCUGGCUAAACUCAAAGAAUCUCUAGAGUCGGGAUUAGUGAAAUGGACCGAAUACGAAGACCAGUACCAAGACGCGGUCGAGUGGCUGGCCCAGACGGAGGCGACUGUUCAGACUUUCAACCGGCUCCAGAACACACUGGCCGAAAAGAGGGAUAUCCUGGAACAGUUCCAGAAUCAUUUGCAGGCCGUUUUCGACUGGCAAAAGGAUCUGGACAGGUUGAACAUGCGCGCCCAGCAACUGUUGCAGACUUGCGCCGAUUCCAGGGUCUCCAAUGCCGUGACUUCCAUCACCACCAAGUACAACGCUUUGUUAUCGCUGGCCAAGGAAGUGAUGCGCCGACUGGAAGUCCACUUCCAGGAGCACCAACAGCACAGCGCCUUGUUCCAGGAGUGUCAAGAAUGGAUCGAACGCACCAAGGAGAAAGUGGUCGAAUCCAGCGGUAGCGGCGGAGCGGUGGACGGCCCUCGCGCCGACAAUUUGUCUGAACUUAAAGGCCGUUUGCAUCAAAUCAAAUGCAUCCGCCAGUCGCUGGAACAGGGUCACCACAAGCUGCGCUACAUCCAAGAGCUCAAAGAGCGAGUCAUCCUCAACACGGAGCAAUCUGGCGCCCAGCAAAUCCAAGAAGACACGGACGUCAUUCGCGCUGAUUUCGAUAAAUUAUCUCGCGAUGUCCAGGAAGCUCGUGAAUCACUAAGCACACGUAUAUCCGUCCUCGAAGACAUCGACAAGGCUCACCAAAUGUUUGUCGAUUGGCUGCAAGAGAUUAUGGACAAGGUCCCUUCGCCCGUCAGCGUCCAAGGAGCCGAAGGUUUGACGGACUUGAGCGACAAGAAAUCGGCAUUGGAGAAGUACAGAGUCUUGCUCCAUGACGCCCUCUCUCACGCCGAAGUUCUACAAAGAUUGCAAGAUAAAUUGGCAGCACAACCGGACCUACCACGUGAGGAAUACGAUUCCAGUAUUGAACGUUACGAACAACUUAAAGCAACCAUUCAAAAGACUAUAAGCACCAUGGAAGAGCUGGUCCAGCAACACGAAGAAUACCGUCAAGGCUACGUCGAUGCUGCCGAUUGGAUCCGCCGUACAAGACUCGAUAUCCAGCAAUACGGUGACUUUAAUGGCGAACGCGACGCUGUGGAAGAGAAACAGCGCAAAUGUUGCGAACUCCGCCAGACUUUCCCAGCUGGAGAACAGUUGGUCGACAAGGCCGUCAAAUUGAGUGAUGUCGUCAUCACAGGAUCGAGCACAGAAGGACAAGAAGUAAUUAAACAAGAACUUGUCCAGUUACGUAACGAAUGGGAGUCACUUGUCUCGUCUUCGGAUGAAACGCUCAAAUCCCUUUCGGAUUGCUGUUCGGCGUGGUCUGACUUCCAAGAUGUCUUCCAGCGAAUGAAGAAAUGGCUAACUGAAUUCCAAGCCAAAUGGGUUGAAGAAUCGACUCAUGAUACAACAGAAGAAGCUGUUGAGUCCCGUCUUGCCCGUUGCCGGGAGCUGUUGAAAGAGGCCGAGAGCCAAAAGGCCUGGUUGGAGGAUUUGAACGACCGCUGUGAGAUCCUCAUGGAACUCAGCACUUGCAGCCGUGUCCGCGAAGAAACUGUCCAGCUCCAAGCUGGUUACACGGCCGUUGUGGGCAAUGUCCAGAGUUUGUUGUCUCGUUUGGAGAAGACGAGGACGGACCACACGGAUUUUGUUACUUCCAAGGCGGAAUUCGCCAAUUGGCUGGAACGUGCUCAAGGUACCGUUCAAGACUGUUCUGGGCAAUGUGGCGAUGAAGCGAGCACCAAGGAAAAGUACGAAUUGGUCCGUUCCAUUGCCAGUCGUCUUACAGAAGGUCAACACUUGAUGAACGGUAUGAUGGACUCGUUCACAAAGGCCCUGAGUGCCAGCAGACCGCAAAGCAAUCCAGACGAACAACAGAAAGGAUUUAGAGCAGAAAUUUCUACAUUACGUGCUAAUUGGGACCAAAUGAACAUCGGCGUCAACAACACUCUGUCGCAGCUGAAGGGCGCCAUCAACCGAUGGGAAGAGUUCCGCGAAGCUUGUUCUCGCAUGGAUCAAUGGCUGGUAACCAAUGAGCAAGGGCUAACAGACUAUCCUCAAUCAAAAGGUGAAGUGGGUGAAAUGAAGACACUUAUGGAACGUCUCAAGAGCCAACAGAUGGAGUUUGAAAGAAAGAAAGCUGAUCUAGAUCAUCUGAGACGCGAGGCCAGUGAGCUUUCCGCUUCGGCAAACGAUCACAAUUGCACAGCUACGGUUGAUCAGCUUCACGAGAGGUGGGAGAAAUUAGCCGCUGUGGCUGCGAAUUAUCACACUCGUUUGGAAGCGGAAAUUCAAGAGUACAAUGCCUAUCAUCAAGCCCUUCAAGAUACGGAGAAAUGGAUCUUGCAGACUUCUUUCCAUUUGAUGGCGCACAAUUCGAUGUACAUCACUACACGAGAUCAGACGGAAGAGCAAACUAAAAAGCAUAAUGAUCUGUUAGCAGAGAUCUAUUCGUACCAAAGUACUAUGGAUGAUGUUAGGUGCAAAGGCCAGGGACAAAUUGUUCGCUACACAACUUCCAAUGCUGCCAUUAAAGGUGUAAUCGAGAAACAACUGGGCAAUGUUCAGGCCAGCUACAAUGCACUGUUGAACACGGCCCUUCAAAUUAAGCAACGCCUCAACGAGUCGCUCAUCAAGUUCCAAGAAUACGAGGCCAUUAUCGAGAGCAUUUUGCACAACCUCAAAGAAUGGGAACCGCAUAUUGCCGAGCAACUGGACACGUCCGUCGUCUCGAUUGAAGAUUGCAAGAAACAGUUGGAUGAUAUCAAGGUUACCCAUGCCAAACUUCAGAUUGAAAAGACUCGUCUUGCCCUCGCUGUUCAAGCUUGUGAAGCUGCCGCAGCCUGCAUUUCUCGACCCAAUACACCCCAAGAUCCACUUCCUUACCGUGUUCCUGAAAACGAGCUGAACGCUCGUACGAAACUGGAAGAUUUCCUUGAUCAGGAAAUGGAUGUACCCAUGGCCAUAGGCAGCAUGUGGGCAUUUUUGGAUUUGGUCGAAAACGAGGAUUUGACAAAUCGAUUGGAUAAACUUGAAGAGAAGGUCCAUUCACGGAUUACAGCUCUGACAGCCAUCAAUACCGACCUCGACGACUUUACACGUCGAAGACAAGCAGUUCUCCAAUGGGCUACUGAAUUAAAAGGCACCAUUAAUGAUUUGAAACAGCGCAAGGCUCGUCUUAGACCUGAAGCGGCCCAACACGAUAUCAGUCAAUUAAUGGAUACGAAACAAGCAAUUACGGAAAAGCAAGGAUUGGUGGAUGAAAUGGAACUGCAACUCAUGUCCUCCGCACCGGAAUCGAUACCUUGCGUCGUGGAACUGCGCGAAGAACUCACUAAUCUUAAUGAUGAUGUGUCGCUAGUGCUGGACAAGAAGAUGGACAUGCAGAAUUCGGUCGAGGUGUACCGCAUGAUGCUCCAAGAUUUUUUCACGUGGCUGGACACUCUAAUUAAGAGAGCCGAGAACGCGGACAAGGGACGCGGCAAUAACAUUGCCGUACGUGUCAGUCUGUUGGCACAAUUGACCGCAGAAACAAGCCAAGGAAAACCAAAACUAGCUGCCCUUGCUGUCAAGGCUAAAGAGAUAUCGGAAAUCCUCAGCACUUUGGACAGCCAGCAAGUUGAAGAACAAUUGAAAGUCGCCGAGAGAAGAUUUGGCGAUGUGGAACGCCGUAUGCACAGGAAACUUCACUUGUUGCAAACUACUCACCAAGGUGCGGAGAGCGCUACAAUGGAUAUUGCCCUAAUCAGACAAUGGGUAUCUGAAAAAACUGCAUUAGUCCGCGAUAAAGAAAUGAUGGGCUAUCGAACCAAGAGCGCUGACAUGAAACUGCAACAAAUAAAGGGUCUUUGCAAAGAAGUUGAAAUGCAACAGUUGGUUAUCGAGAAUUUGGAACUGAGAGUUUCUAGCAUUGCAUCUGAUUUGGAUGCGGAGGAACAAGCCCAACUUCGAGCCGAUUUGAAAAGCCUGGCUGGUGAGUACAGGACUCUUUGCCAGGGCGUCAGGACCUACGAGCAGGAAUUGGACAAAGCAGUCACUGAUCGGCAACAUUUUGAGGCCCAACUGGAUGAUACACAGAGGAAGUUAGCAGCAUUGGUCGUUCAGAGCCAAGGCUACGAUUUACUACCACUAGCAUCGUCAGCUACAGAGAAACUAACUGAGAAGUUCAAGUCUUUGAAGCAAGCAGUCGUGGACUUUGAAACCAGUGAGAUGAACGAGUUUAAGAAGCAGCUUCAGAAUCUUACGAAAACCUGUAACGAUGUCGCCAAGAACGAGUUGCAAGAGAUUUUGCAAGGAAUGGAGGGACAACUGGAAGAACUUUUGACCAGCCUGAAUGCCAUGUUGUCACAAUUGGAUGACGCCACUCGCCAACGCAAAGAGCUCGAAGAGAUCACCGAGUACUGUCAACACUGGUUCAAACAAGCGGACAUCAAUUUGGCCGUCGAAAUUCGAAACUCGACAACCCCCGAAAUUUUGGUUGAGCACAUCAUGGUGUUCGACAGACUGCUACAAGAGGCUAUUGGUGUGAAAGACAAACUAGAUGCUGCAGUAUCUCACAAGGACUCCAUUUCAGGCUCAUUAAAUAAAGCGGAUCAGAUGGAUAUCCAAGGGAAUGUUCAAAGUCUCCUUGAUGGCUACAAUCGUAUCCACGCAGGCAUCGAAGAGCGCAGCCGGACCCUUCAAUCCUACGUUAACCAGCAACGAGAGAUUGCUGUUAAAGUGGAAGAAAGCAUUACUUUCCUCAACAAAAUCCAAGAAGACGUUCGUGCAUUGAAUAAACCCAUAGGCUUCCGGCCAGAAGAUACGCAGACGAUGCUCAAUUCGUACGAGCAACUGCUUGCAGAAUUACGAGUUUAUCGGGAAAAAAUGGACGAUUUGCAGCACAGAACAACAGGAAACAGCGGUGAUUUAGCUGCGAUUGUGAAACAACAGGAUGAUUUGAUCGCCACUAUCGAAGGGCAAAUUAAGAAACUUCGUCAUCUUCUACUCUUGAGACAGCAAUUCAUGGCCUUGGUGGCUGAAAUUACAACGUUCAUUGCCAGGUACAACGAAGUCAUUCACGACAUUGAGAAGGGCGGCAAAUCGGCACAAGAAAACAUUCGUCGCUACGAUGAUGUCAUCUACAAGAUCCAAGAGUGCGAAGGACAAUUGGCCACUGCCCAAGACAAGGGUGAGCAAAUUGCUGCCGAAGGAUCGGUGACUGACCGCAACACAAUCACCGAACAGCUGACGUCGCUCAAACACCAACUGAGCGCCUUGAGACGAGCCGUCGAACAGCGUCGCGGUGAGCACGAAAACGCGGCCGCCGAAUACAAGCGCUUAGCCGGACAGAUUGACGAAUUGCUGGACAAGAUGCACGAGCAAGAAGCCAUCAUCCGUUGCCGGCCUUUACUCCAACUGACGGCCGAAAGCGUCGAACAGGAGAGCAGCAAACACAAAGCUCUCGCCGGGGACGUCAAAGCUCUUUUGGUGGCCACCGAGACCCUCUUUGCCUCGAUUCCGCACGAUAGCAUGAUCCCAUCAACUCUUCAAGAACGCAUCAGUGAAGCCACUUUCCUCCGUGACACGCUACCGACUGAGCUGGCCGCCAGAGGAGACUACCUCAAGGAGCAGUUGGCAUUGCGUUCCAAGUAUGAAAGCGCCAUCCGACGUCUAAAUAGUUGGAUGGACGAAGCUAGACUUCGUCUCAGACCACCUUCUAACGGCGUAGAUUUUGAACACAUUGAGAAAGAACUGAACGAACACAAGGCUUAUUUCGAUAAUGAGGAGCUAUCGCCCCAACCCGUACUGGAUAGCAUUAAAUCAACUGCUGAUGAAAUUAUGCAGUCAGUUGAUACACCCCAACAGAAUGAUUUGCAAAGUGAGGUCACUACGCUAACAGAAUCAGCAAAGAAUUGCCUGACAGCGGCCAACGAUAGACAAGAUCAAUUAGAAAAGGACUCACGUGCCUACAAGGAUUUUGAAAAAUCGUUAGAAGAAGUGAAACAAGCCAUCGUUGCCAAUACGCAAUCAGUGGAGGAGACGGCCACCAACAUUCCGGCCUUGAAGAAUCUGAUUGCUUCCCUGGAAACUAAGCUGGUCGUUCUCCAAACGGAGCAGGCGAAGCUGAAGACGUUACAAGAUAAGGUCAAGAAAGUGGAACAACGGGCCGACGUUGCCAGUCGACAGACGAUCCAGGAAAGUUAUUCAACGGUGGCCAAAGAUUGGCGUGACAUCCAAGAUGGCUUAAUGAUGAGGUGUAGCGAUCUUAACGACCUGGUCGACACGUGGGAGCUUCUAAUUUCCAAAUCUCGUGCUCUCGGAGUCACCUUGACCGCGUUAGAAGAAUCUGUUCAUCGUUUAGACAUGGAAGGACGAUCACGCAGUGCCCUGGAAGAAACACGUCGAAACUUACAAGAAUUCGAGUCCACCAUAGUCGGAAUAAAACCGCAGUUGAAAGAGGUUGACGACCUGGCCAAGGAUGUCCUGGAUUACCUCAGUUCUUGUGAAGUGACUUCGCUCUCUAUUCGCGGCGAUCUCAACGCUUUGGCUGAACGCCAUUCAUAUUUAUUGGAGACCAUUCAAGCACGUCUGCGUCGCGUCGUCGAAGAAGCCAAUUAUUUCGACGCCGUGCUGGAUAGCAUGAAUCAAGUGCAAACCGGCCUGGAGAGACUAUUGGCUGAGAUCACCGAUUUCGAUGCCUUCGGUAGCCAAACUGAACGCGUCGAUCAAGAGCUGGCGAGCUUGCGUGAACGUUCUCUGAGCUGCAAAGAAGGCGUUCGUGCUUUGGCACUAGCGGCGUCGCAGCGAUUCGCGCAGCUGGAUCAGGCCAAGCCGGCCGAAGUGGACAAGCACGUUGCUAUUUUGGAAUUGCUGAGCGAGAAGGUCCUAGCCGCCAUGGAGGACAAGGAGAAUGAAGCCAAGAGGGCCCGCACCGUCCGCUACGAGUACCACCGAGACGUUGAGCAGGUCCAAACUUGGAUAUGCCAGGCCGAGGGACGCGUCCAAGACCGAAAUCUCGAGCCGCAAACGCUCAAAGAAUUCCUACAGGAAUUACAAUGUGAAAUUGGUUUAAUUACGGAUCAAAUGGACCGCGUUUCACGACAUGGCCAACUCAUUUGUCAGAGGACACGAGACGAGCACGAGCAACAGUUGGUGCGCACGACUCUGUCCAACUUGACGGAUCAAUUGCAGCAAGUUCGUUCUUGGCUCGAAGAGAAGAGGCUCCAGGUCGGAGAUUCUAUCGAUUCGUGGCAGCGAUUUUUACAGCUCCACUCGCUCGUUGUCGCCUGGGUUGAAGAGAAGAAGGGAUUCCUGGCCGAGCCGCUUCAUUUGACGAGCUUGGUUCAGGCUCGCCAAAAAUCCCAGGAUUACAACAUGGCCGUAAAGAGCUGCAAGGUGGCCACGAAGAACGUCAGCGACAUGGGCAAGGAACUGUCACGCAUCUCGCAAGUGUCCAGCGUCGGAGCCCUGGCGGACCAGAUGGCCGAAGCUGAGCAGAGCAAAACCGAAGUGGAAACCCAGUUGCAAGAAAGGAGUGCCUUACUUCAGGAGAUGACGGAGGAAUGGGAGCAAUGCGAAAAGAAGCUGAAAGACGUCAAAGCCUGGCUGGAAAAGGCCAGACAGACGCUGGACUCGCCGCUGAACAAGAAACGGCCCUUGAGGGAUCAACUGUCACUGAGGGAGAAAAUGCUGGGCGACGUGACGAUCCAAAAGACCAAGAUCAACAUGUCCAUCGAGAAGUUGCAGGUGCAUUUUCGUUCGGGAGUCACCGGAUCACCAGAUGUCGUCCACAGCAGCGUAGAACUCAUCGAGCAGCUGGACGCCCUCUUGUCCGAGAUCAAUCAGCAAUCUAAAACGCUGGAAGCGGCCGUCAUCCAGCUUGACCAGCUACAACAGGAGAUCCAAGGAUUGCGGGCACAGGUAGUGCAGGUGGAUCAGCAACUGCGCUUGGUGUCCAGUCCGGCUUACUCACCGCUGGAUCGCGACAAGGCUCUUGCCGAACAAAACGCAUUGCAGGCCCAUCAAUGCGCCGUUUGCCAGCAAAUCCAACAACUGCGAAUGCGUAUGACGGAAAUCGACCCCCAUUUGACACUGGCGGAUGACGGAAUCGAACGCUCCCUGAUGGCAGCAGCUGCCGACUGGCAAUUCCGUGCGCCGAUGGAACCCAACCGCCCCGCCCUUCCUCUCCCAGUCUCACAGACCUCCACCGUUGCUCAAUCGAUCCCUACACCCCGCUGCGAUGACGUUCAAAGCCCCGUUAGGGAAACGAUCAGCACCUCGACCACCGCAGCGGCUCUUAAAAACUCGGCUCUCCUGACGCUGGAGAAAUUCUCUUACGCCGACAUCGCUGCUGGAAGGAGGAGCCCCAGUGUGUCUCGCCAGACGACGUUCGAAAGCCACGCAGAACUGGUGGAACCAGUUAGCGAACCGGUGCACAUCGUUGAGCCACCAGUUCAAAUUGAAAUUCAAGUGCAUCAAGAAACUCUUCCUGGACGAUCUCGUUGGGAACAACAACAACAACAAGAAAAACUUGUCCAAUCCGACGAUCCGACUGCUGAAACGAAACAUCCUAGUCGCAGCGAUCUACGUCGUAGAGCCGCUGGAAGUAAACAAAAACGAUCGAUUGAUCAGGAAUCAAACAAACAUGGCAGCCAAGACAGGCAUCCGCCAGUAACUCCGGCCGAAUCGUUGGACGUUCAAGAAGAGCCAGUCAUCGAAGAAGUUAAGAUGGUGCAAGAAACUGGAACGCGGCCAAAAGUGGCAACAACCGAACGUCGCAGUUCGUCGAAUUUAUCUCCACCGUCCGAUUCUGAGAAACGAUCUCGCAGUCCGUUAUGGAUGCCAGGAUCGGGUGGGCCGUCGUACGCCGAUAUCUUGCGCGGCCAUUACAUUCCUCACCAUCAAAGGGGAAUGACUGGCAUCGUCGACAGUCCGCAACAACAACAACAAAAACAAGAACAGCUGCAACGUUAUGGCGGAGACAGUAUCGACGACACUAACAUGGCCGAUGAAGCCGUUGUUCCAGUUGAAGAUCACACUCAGCAAACUGCCCUACCUGAAGUCAUUGAAGAACCCAGUCCAGCAGUUCUAGAACAAGCUCAAACAACUGUAGAUGCCAGCUGGGUGCCACAUGCAGUCUAUGAUGAACCAAUCCAACAACAACAACAACAACAAGUUGGAUAUGCAGAAUCCAUGUUCCGACCUAGCAAUCUAUCUUUUGAAACUCAAUACGCAUCUGCACCUGAUGCUGAAGCUGUUUUUGCUGCCAAUUUUGACCUGAUGGCUCUUCAACAAGCUUACGCUCAGCUGGAGUAUGGUAAUUUACCUGUAGCCUACCCCCUGCCUGCUUUUCCCAUCCAGCAGACGGUCAAUGUUGCUCAGAAUUUCACGUUUAAUGUCGAACAACCAAGACAAGAGUUUACGACAUCGACUCCAACUCCACCUGCUCCUCAAAUUCAAGAACCCGAGGUCCAAGUGGCACCUCAACAAACAGCUGAUGCACCUGUUGAAACUACCAAACCCGUUGCCACGAAUGUAACUAAGCUAUCGUACGCUCAGAUCUUGGCUGCUGGACUCAGAGAGCCGGCCGAAUCACCACACAGAAGGGAUUCAUCGGGAUCUGCUGGAUCGGGAUGCACAUCAUCUUCUCCACGUCCUUCACAAACUGCUAUCCCUAAUGUUAGCGAUAAAGCUGCAACUGAUUCAGCUCCAAGUCCUUCACGACUUUCGGUUCCAGAACGAGGCGUUUCUGAGCCUCGUGAGCCUCGCAGUCGUCAACGCAUUUCGAAAGGAUCCAAAUCCAAGAGUUUCGAUGUUCGCGAAAAAGAUCCUUCGUCUUCCAAACCCAAAUCGCCUCACGGUACAUCUAAGUUGGCGACUCUUCCUGGACGCUCGAUGGAGGCUAAGACUCGUCCGAAGAAAAAAGCUCGUAACGCUAGUUUUAAUGAGGACAAGGAAUGGACAUCUGUUCAAGCAUCACCUCAAGAAACGCUGAUGCCACCAGAGCCGAGUCCAGCACGUAGUAAAUCACCUGGAGGUAAUCCAUCAACGUCCGAACCUGAAAUGACGAAAGCCAUGAUGACAUUCUACGGCAUUAGCUCGGAAGAUAUCGAACAGCUGAUCAGCAGCCGUUCUCAGGAUUCUGACAGCGAUGCCGAAGUGGCUGGAGUCGAAGCUGCCACUGAGAAGAAAAAGAAACAUUUGCAGAAAAAGAAGAAAAGGAAGUCUUCCAAAGUACCGGAUGAAGAUGAAAUUGAAAAAGCUUUGCGUGAAAUUUCGGAAUUAGAGAGAACUAAAAAAUCGAAAAUGAGGAGAACUCCAUCUCAUGAAGUAAAGAUUCCGGAAGUCCAAGCGCCCGAACAGAAGCCUCAAAAAGUCCAGUCCGUUAAUUUGGAAGUACCGGAACCUAAGAAAAGAGAAAAGAAAUUAAAGAAAGCUGCUUCUGUUAGCGGAGGACAUCCGGAUAAAUCAAAUGUCAAACCAGAAAGUUCACCUCAACCUUUAACAGAGGCCAGCACUGGAUGCGAUUCUGCUACUUCAAGCUCUGGAUCGCCUGAUUCAUCUACUCACAAGCAGCGCCGCGAUCGAAUUAAACGAGCUAAAGCGGUCAGUUUCAAUGAAGAAAGCUUAAACAAAUGCGAACCUGCACCUGUUGUGGAAACCCAGGUGAAGAAGGAAGAAGCUAGUCUGGAAGCUAAACCUCAAAACACUUGCGAUCCUGUUGAACCUGCUCCAGAAAAUGAAGCGGAAUUUGUCGUGUUGAACUCACAGGGUCUUGAAUCUGUUGGUCAUAUGGUGGCCGAUGUCGAAAGUCUAAUGGAAGAUGCUAUGAGUGAUGAUAUCGUCGUUUUGGAAACGGAAAAUUUGGCAACAAGUCCCGGUCCGAUUGAAGGGCAUAGAACCCUAGAUCUGCAAAUACUUGAAGACGUGUUCACGGAAACAGCUUCCGUAUUUGAAUCGCACGUAUGUCCAGAAAUAUACGAAGAGGAAGAAGAAUGUGUUCCAGUUGCUGAUGUUCAGAAGAAGGAAGAAUCCUGUCCAACGGAACCAGUAGCCGAACGGGUUGAAAAAGAAAGUCCAGCAUCUGAAAGCAUCUUAGGAGCGUUAAAUGUGGCCGAAGAGAAUAGUGAUGAGAAGAUCCCUAUCGAAACGACAGAAGAGCUCCCUCUCGGCAGUCAGCCAGCUGCCGCAAUGACUCUUUUGCCACUCGAAGUUCGGGUCACUCUUCGUAAAAUCUCGGCCACUAGUACCGUCCCAUUUCAGCCGGAAGAACUCGAGGUACGUGCGGAUGAAACACGCGAUCAGCUACUUAGAGCUACUGAAUCGAUUGAUUUAGAGCCAGCCGCACUGGAAAUCACAUCGGCAAUGAUUUUUAAUAACAGCGAAACAAUCGGAGAACUGGAACAAAACACUGAAUCUUCUGUUCUCAACACUGAGACGGCCGGAGUCGACAUCUUGACUUGCAUAUCUGCCAUAACGCAUUCACCGCCGGUAGAAAUGAUCACAGCGGAACAACUUCCGAUUUUAGCUCGUCAGGUUUCGCUAGCAGACGAAGAAUAUGCAGACGAAUCCGAAUUGAGCUUACCUCUUUCUACCAUCCCUAUCCCAGCGAUGCAGGAACGUGAAGAGGAAAGCCUUACUUUAGCCACGAUGGAAGAACCUCCUACCACGAAAAUGUAUGUUCCAGCGGUAGAACAGGAAUUACCAAGCCAAGAGCAAAUGGUGGACAUUGUUGAAGCUCUCCUCGAAGAACCGGAAGAACCUGUUAUUGAAACACCUGCCACUGUUCAAGUCUCAGCCGCUGUUGAAGCCUUACCAACUGAACCAUUUCCAGCAGAGACUCAAGCUCAUCCAACGACAACUGGGACGGCACAAUCGGCCGUAAUAUCAGUGCCAUUGCUAACUGAAACACCACCUGAAGUUACUUCAAUAAGCUCACCAGGUAGCGACUGUAAAGCCCCGUCAAGCCCGUUUGGUUUUGACGAUGCGGAUCAUGUCGUCUUAUCGCCGCAAUGGAUGCGCCAGCGUUCGCCACUCGGUCGCACAUUCAGUUUAGACCCUCGCAAUCUCUCAACUGCGUUGAAAUCGACCCCUGCUUCGCCAUUGGUUAAGGCUCACAGCACUGACCUGUCCGAAUCGUUCGGUACAGAAGAACAGAAAGCUGCUGCCGCUGCUAAAAGCAUGGAAGAAGGUUCAAAAUCUGAAUCGCAAACAGGAGGCGAAGCCGAUGAUGAAGACGUCGAAGUUUAUUGGCGUCUUCGGGAGAAGAAGAAGAAGAAGAAGAGGCGCAAUCCUAUUCCUGCUGUAGCGGGUAAUCCACCGAGGGUGUCUGAAUCAUCUUCAGAUGCGCUUUCCAUGGCAGAACAUCAUGGACCAAUGAGUCCACUAAGCGUUGGAUCGGAUUUGCCCGUUUCUGAAUCUACGUUGACGUCUGAUGAUGAGCACAGAACGAAAUGCACCCAAGAUGAUGGAUUCCAAUCUGGAAUUUCUACGCCCGUCUUAUUGUCCAUUGCUUCACCUGAUUCAGAGUUACGCGAAACUCCGACAGAACUCAUAACAGAGAUUGAAUCAGUUUCUGUGGUUGUAACCGAAACUCUUUUGCAAACUCUACCAGCAGAAGUGACUGUACCAUCAGAUGACACGUUAUCUCAAUCGACAGUCCAAGAAGAAGAUGUUGAAACAGAGUCGAUGGAACCUGUGGAAUCGAAGCCAAAUGAAAUUGUUAUUGACAUGCCAACCUCAGCUGAACCUUUGAUUACUUCAGAAGCUUCUGAAAAGCUACAACAACAAAUUUCAACUGUGACUGGAGAUGUUGAGCUUAAAGAUUUGGAACAAACAACCCCAGCUUUUGAAGAAUCUUCAGUUAGUUUCGAUGCACCAGGCGAUGAGUGUUUAGAACCAGUAAAAGAGCCGGAAGCCAUUAGCGUUCCAGCAAACCAGGCCACAUCCUGGGCAAAUUUGGUAGCAACUGGCAAACCAAAAAUAAUUGAACCGACUCCUGAGCCCGAACCGGCUCCGAGACCGCCUCGGCCGCUACCUACCUUGAUAGUUGUAGGUGAAGAAGAACAUCACGACGUUCCAUGCGAUCCGGAAGGAUUUCACAUUGGACGGAAGGAAAGGAAAUGGAGGAAAUGGCGAUCAUCGCAAUCUGAGUCGCAAGAUGUCGCAUCAGACACGGAACACGUUGAAACUCCAUCGGAAGCGCCUGUUCCUUCCACUAUUGCGGUUGAGGAAGUUGUGGCCGUCAAACCAGUUCCUCCUCCAUCACCGGCUGAAAACAGCAGCUCAGAAUCGGACCAAGAAAUGGCCGAGCCGCUUCGAGUGGUUGUUCGAUCCAAAGUGCAGAAGAUGGCCAAAUCAGUUCGCGAAUUGGAGCAAAGAAAGAGACGUUCUCGCCUUUCAGAGUCUGAACAAGAAGUCCUGGAACUAGCUGAAGCUAUUGCUGCGAACAAAUCAAUUCCCUCCGUCCGGCCGCAAAAGGAUGAUAACCUCAAAAACAUUUAUUUGGAUUCCUGGCCUAAAUGUUCAGCGUCUUCUUUGGACAGUUCUGAAAAAUGUUUGUGGAUUUUGCAACAAUCGUCAGAACAAAAAACGGUGGCUGAAGUUCCAGAAACUGUUGAAUACCAAUCAAAUGAAUCAGCUCCGAAUAAAGAGAAUAUUGAAGAAACUGAAAAACCUUCAGAAGCAAUUCCGUCCGCGGAAACUGGAGAAAAUGAGCCAAAUGAAACAGUUGAAAAAGACAUGGAACAGACCCAAUUGGUUGAACCAGAAGCUUUGGAAAAGAAUCUUGAGACCGUUGAACCAUGCCAAGAAGCUGAAGAACAGAAAGAACAGGUUCUCUUGGUUGAAGCUGUACCGGAUGAAACCACACAACAAGGUGAAGUCCCUCAAUUAAUUGAAGAUUCAGAGAAGGAAACGGUUAAAGGAGAACCUUGUCAUCCAUCAGUUAUCAGUUGGGCUACUGUGGUUGCCACCAGCAAACCAGUAAUUACAGAAACAAAAGAAGAGGAAGAAGAACCAGUGAGACCCAAACGUCCGUUGCCCACUUUGAUCGUGGUUGGAGAGAACGAACAGCCACUCCCUGCUCAAACCGAUCCGGAUUCAUUUACCGAAUUUGUAUGUCGUAGCGAACGUCGUCGCAGGAAAUGGAGAUCAUCUCAGUCUGAAUCUCAAGAUUACACGACAGAUGAAGAGCACGUCGAAUCAGUCUCAUUGGAUGUAAAAGACAAACCUGAAGAGCAACCAGCAUCCGAACCUGUCGAAACCAUCGCUGAGGAUCCAGUUACACCUUCAUCCACAGAUGUUGUGAAAAAAGAAGAAUCCGACGAGGAAGAAGUUCAUGAUGUUCCAUCAGCUCGUCCUAAGGAACGCAAAACUAAAACACCAAAAGCCUUAAUUCCAUUGAAAGAAACGGAACAAAGAAGACGUCGUGCGAGACUUUCUGAAUCAGAAAAAGAAUCUUUGGACUUGGCUGAGGCCAUUGAACAUGGAGAUCCAAUCCCAGUGCUGUAUCAAAACCUUCAUAACGAUUCAUGGCCUCAAGAUACAACAUCGAAAUCUGAAAAUCUGUGGGCAGCGUUGCAACAAUCUUCUCAAACAAUCGAAGCUUCCGUUGUUAUUCCCGAAGUAGUGGAAUCUAUCCAAAGCGAACCGACCCAACUUACGGAAUCGAAACUUCCAGAUCUUGAACAUCUGUUGGAACAAUCGCCGGAGGCAACCGAACUUUCCGAAUCUAUUUCUGAUGUGAUUCAAGUCGAAUUGGUCCAAAGCGAGCCAUCCCAAAUUAUCGAAUCGACUGUUCCCAUUUAUGAAAACCUUCCCGUAACCUUACAACAGUCUGCCCAAACAACCGGAGCUUCCGAAGUUACUCCGCAGUUCCCCGGAAUCGUUCAACAAAUUGAAGAGCCCGUUGAGUCUAAACAUCCGUCGGUACUUAGCUGGGCGACUGUAGUUGCCACUAGCAAACCAAUAAUUACUGAAUCCAAUGAAGAUGUUGUUGAAGAACCUGUGCGUCCUAAACGCCCAUUGCCGACGUUGAUCGUCGUCGGAGAUGGUGAACAGCCAGUUCCAAUUGAAACCGAUCCUGAUUCAUUUACUGAAUUUGUGGGACGCAACGAAAGACGUCGUAGGAAAUGGCGAUCGUCUCACUCUGAAUCUCAAGAUUACACCACUGACGAAGAACAUAUCGAAUCAGUUCCGCUUGUUGUCGAUGAUAAGCCGAAAGAGCAGCCAGUCGAUUCUGAACCUGUCGCUGUUGAGGUCCCCGUGACAUCCGCACCUAUAAAACUAGUAGAAGAAGAUGUAUCGGAUGAAGACGUCCAUGAUGUUCUUCCUGUCCGUCCGAAGGAACGUAAAGCUAAAACGGCCAAAGCUUCAAUCCCGUUGAAAGAAACGGAACAGAGAAGGCGACGUGCAAGAUUGUCUGAAUCUGAGAGAGAAUCGUUAGAAUUAGCUGAGGUUAUCGAACAUGGAGAAACAACUCCUCAGCUCUAUUAUGACCUCUUUGCCGAUUCAUGGCCCCAUCCAUUCUACAUUUUCCUUCGCGAUGCCGAAAACCGCUGGAAGGCAAAAGAAAGCCUCGUGAAUGAGUCUGUCGUUCACGUACCAGUUCAAGAACCAAUACAAGAAGCUUCACAAAUCGUACCCCAACAAACAGUUAGCGAGCCACAAGAACAAGUCUGCCAAUCAAAUCAAGAACCAGAAUUGAUCCCUGAAUCAGUGCAAGAAUGGGUACCGCCUGCUUUGCAAGAAGAACAAUCAUCGUGUCCGUCCGCUGAAGCACUGGAACCAACCAUGGAUCAAACUCCUGUAAUCUCCGGCUGGGUUAUCAGAGAAAGUCCGGAGAAAAAAGCGCCUGAAGUGGCCAAACCUUUAUCAUGGGCGGCUAUGGUGGCUCUCUCAAAAGCGGCAGCAAUGGAAACCGUUCAUCCAGAACCAGUUGUCGAACAAGCGGUUUCACGCCCAACCAAAACCCCUGUUCUGGUAGUCGUUGGUGAAGAGGUUCAACCAGAGCCGGUUUAUAGCGAUGAUCCGGAUGGUUUCCAUGAAUGCGUCAGUCGUCGUGAAAAGCGUAGGCGCAAGUGGCGUUCGUCUCAGUCAGAAUCACAAGAUACUGAAGCUGAAGCAAUUGUCCCUGAAGCUUCCCUUCCUACUGACCUUCCCUCAGAGCCAUCUUACGUGAACGUGGAGAACGUCAGCUCUCAUCCGCCUGAAUUGCACGAGAAAUCUGAAAGUAAAUCGAAACGCGUCGUCGUAAAAACUGAGAAGCAAACGAAAGAGGUCGAACGUAAACGACCGAAGCGUCAAUCCGAGUCGGAACGUGAAGCUCUUCAGCUGGCCGAAGCCAUUGAAAAUGGUCAGGAUGUUACAAACAAAUGCCCCGUCGUUGAAUCUUACUGGUCGGACAAGAUGUUGUAUAGCGACGCUGAGAGAUUGUGGCAAGAAAGCUUAAAUGGCGCCGCCGUUCGAUUAGAUGAUAAGAUUGAAAGCUUGAAACUAAGCCGCGAUGGCCAAUCACCCGAAUCCGAUCCCAAAGGUCCCAUACCUCAACCCCAAACCUCCGACGUGUCCUCCAACAGUAGUAGUAGAUUACCAACAACAGAGAACGUCAUCAACAUCGAUUUGCCUCAAGAUCGGGCCAUCUGGUCGGAUGAAAGCACUUGCCUCAGGGAAUCACAAGAAGAACGUCAGCAAAACGUACACAAGGACCUAUCCACCGACCUUGAUGCAAUGUUGGCUCAAUUGCAACAAGUGGAAAAAGACCUUCAGCAGUUCAACUCCCAACAGAUACAGGAUCGCCUACCAUUGAUUGAAGCUGUGAUGGAAUCUCUCGAGGAGAUGGAGCCUCGGUUGAUUGAUUUGGACGAUAGGAUUAAGAACCUUUCCGAUGAAGAUCCCGAACUAGAUUCCCUUCGAGCAGCCGUAGCAAGUCUCAGGACUCGUCACAUCACAUUGGAAUCCCAAGCCUGUCGAUACAAACAAAAAUUAGAAGUAAGGACACUAGACAUAAUUGUUAUUACCAGUCACAGUUUUUACAGAGUAUUUUUCAUGUUUUAACAGGAUGCUGCUGAAACCAAAAGCAAAGAUAAUGAAGACCUUCUACGGUACCAGGCACUUCUUUUGGACCUGGACAAUUGGGUCAGUGUGACUCAUUGCCAACUGAAAGCAGAAAUACCUAAAUUCACCUCAGUCAGUGCCGUUCUGAAAGAAAUGGAUUCGAGCAAGCAAUUGGAACAGGAUAUAGUGAAACGUAAUGAACAGCUGGCGGAUUUGAUGAAGCGGUGCGGGGCGCUGCAGCACUCAGUGACCGAGACGGAACCGCUGGCGGCGCAGCUCUACGAACACCUGGUCGCCCUGCAAGGCAGCUUUGCAGAGGCGGGCGCCCAGUUGCAUUCACGACUGCUUCUUCUCCAGGCAUGUCUGCUCGAGCUAGAGGAGAAAGAAGUCGACAUUAGUCCUCCUCUCCUUGCCCAACAUGUCGACCAUGAAGCAGCUAUUGAGACGCCCGUCACUGCUAGUGACACGCCAGUGGCUACCGCUGCCCCUGAACUACGUCUAAAUGACCCGAUCGAACAUAAAAUUAUACCGGCUCAAACGAGCUCAAUAGACGACAACAAUGAAAUGUCGUUCACGCAAUUCGUCGUACAGAAAACCGUCCGGGUCAUUCGACGAACGAUCCUGCAAAAUGGCAGAGAGAUAUCUGUGGAAGAACAGAUCGAAGAAGAACCCACGAGCGGAGUUAAUCCGCUUUCGGUUGAAACCGAACUUACUCCUCCAAAACGAUAUUUUCGUAUACCGUCGCCCUUCGGUAUCGUCGAGGAGCCCCAAUUUCACGAUGACCAACAAACAGAAAAAGAUGAUAGUAAAAGCACUGUCGAGAUUACGGACAUUACUGACGAAUAUGAUGAUCGGGAAGCUGCAAGUAUUGGGCCAACACCCGACCAAUUCAUUGAAAUUCACGAGGUUCUCGACAAUCUUCAAUUCGUUGAACAGUCACAAAGUCUUGAAAAAGUCAUCGAACUUUGUAGUUCCAAUGAUAACGUUACUCCCCAAAAUCAACCUCGCUUAGCUUUUGAAACCCUUCAUGAACAUGAAGAAGAACAUGAAAUUGAACACGAUGAUAGUACCAAGCUUCAUCCUGUUGGUAUAAAAGCUAAUGAUAAUGACAAGCCGAUCCAACAUGGCAAAGAGCUACCUGAAGUCGAGCAUGACGUUAAAGACGUACUUCAAGAAUCAGAAAUCAGUCAAACCGUCGAGAUGCUAAUCGAGCCGAUACGGGAAGCCAAUCUCUGCAAAGAUCUUGAUACUGAGAUUAGCCAUGAACCAUCGUUGGGAUCCGCAGUUCAACUUGAAGUCAUUUCCGAGUUGCAGAUUGAUGCACAGCCGGAGCCUAUGGUGGUAUGCGAAGAAGCUGCAAACGAACAGGUUGGAACAACCAUGGAACCUGAAAAUGAACGUACGGUAGACCCAAAUAUCGAGCAUGCAAUUCGAGACGAGGUCCAAGAAACAGAAAUAAGAAUCACUCCUUCAAUGAUAACGGAAGAACAAACUGCAGAGCCAAUUGGUGGAGAUGUCGUUGAAGAACCUACUGAAACAAUUCCAGAGCCUGAAGUACAACAGGAGCCCACUGAAGAAAAACCAUUAGUCGAAAUGUCUGAAGGUGAAACGUUCGCGAAGGACGAAGCCGAGGUUGAUCAUCGUGAAGGACAAGCAGCCGAGCCCACAAAUCUGGACGACAAACUCCCAAUUGAAACAACUCCUGAUAGUCGUGAAGACGUCAUUGAAGAAUCCUAUAAUGAAAAAAUUGGAGAGCAUGACUUGGUCGAUGAAGUACCACAGCAACUUGUUGAAGAGGAGUCAUUAGUCAAAGUGUCUGAAAUUUUUGAAAAAGACGAGGCCACGAUGGAACAUCAAGAAAAACGAGCAGAUGAACCAAUAAAACUGGAAGAAGAAAUUGAAAGAAGUCUCGAUCGUCAUGAAUGUCCAAUCAGCCAAGCUGAGUUAACAGUGUCUUCGACCGAAGCCACACCCAUCGUUGCAGAGUUAACAGUGUCUUCUGCCGAACCCACACCCAUCGUUGCAGAAAUACCAUCCGAUGAGGCGCAUCAUCACGAGAAGGAACUCUCGCAACAGCCCCAGAUUCCUGAAAACUCAUCUAAAAUAGAACCUGAGCCAGAAGCGAAGGUUGAAGUUCCAGUAGCAACUGAACUAAACAUUGCAGCAGUAGAACCUGUUAAAGAUGAACCCCAGCUUCCGACGACAUCCGAUAAAAUCAACGAAAAAUCGAAAGAAAAAGUGAAGACUUCCCUAUCUUCAACGACAUCAUCGGUAGGAGAUGAGACAGAAUCGGACGUUGAUAACAUGGACUGGAACGUCUCUCCAGACGACGAGCGUCAAUUUGAUGAAUACUUCAAGGAUGAAAGGCCUCAAUCUGCUUCAUCCAAUUCAUCGACUUCUACCGAUACCACUCGUCUGGAAUCAGCUUCAUGCGAACCCUUGGAAGAAAUUGAAACUAUCUCGUUACAAGGAAUAGACACUGUUGAUUCUUCCAGAGCAACACCAAUCCAAGAGGAAACAGUACCUUCUGACAUACAAAGCGUCGAAGAAAUUGGAAAUCAAAUGGCAAAUGAAGACGUUCAAGAAAAUUGUGACAGUCCUAUUGAACUACUCGAUCUGGAAGUCGGAAGCGCACAAGUUGAGGUGGAAGACGUAUCACAAAACAUAAUUGAAGAACAAACAAGUGAUGAAAAUGUUCUGGACCCAAUGUACAUUGUAGAUACAGAAGAUGAGUCAACAACGGAAUCUGUUACCUGGGAUUCUAAUGAAAAAAUGCCGACUGAGUUAGCGGAGCAGCUUAGUCAACAGUUAGUGGAAGAAGUUUUCAAGUCUGUUGAAACCCAUCCCACUAUUGAACGGAUGAUUCAGGAAAGUUUAAUGCAAUCUGCACUGGCUGAUCCAAGUUCAUCGUCAGAUCAAGAAUCAUCGUCAAGCCAAGGAGACGGUGGUUGGUGGAUGGUCGACCCUGAAGACACGAAACAGGAAGUCAAAGAAGAUUUAGGGAUUGCUGAAGAAUUACAGUCAUCCUUAAUGGAACCCGAUUCAAUCGGUGAAGAAGAAGAAACGAUGCAGCAACAUCAAGUGGACGAUAAUGCCCCAUCCACUACAUCAGAAAAUCAGCUGGCUGAUGUGGAAAGUCUGAUUGUUCAAUUAGAACCCGACGUGCUUCAGGAAACGGUUCCAAUUUCGGAAAUAACAAACAUGGAAUUGUCGCCCAAUGUGACAGUGAUCAGAGUGGGCUACGGAGAGGAACCGCUGGUCGAAGAUCAACAAGCUACUGGAACGUCGUUCAUUGACCCCUUGGAAAGAAGUGAGGAUACGUUGAAGAAAGAAGAUGAAGUGCAACAAGCAAUCGUAACGCAAUCCUCUGAACCCACGAAAGAUUCUGAGCAGGAUAUCUUGGACGAAGAGGUCGAAGAGCAGCAGAUUUCUGGAACACCACUUAUUGAACCAUUCAAAGUCCCUGAACAGGAUACCUUGGAUGAAAAGGUUGAAGAGCAACAAACUUUUGGAACGGAGGCCGCAGAAUAUCGUGAACAGGACACCUUGAAUGCAAAGGCUGAGGAGCAACAAGUUACCGGAACGCCACUGAUUGGACCGACCGAAGAUCAUAAACAGGAUGCCCUGGAUGAAGAGGUUGAAGAGCAACAAAUUUCUGGAACGGAGGCAGUGGAAUAUCGUGAGCAAGAAUCCUUGGAUGUCGCGACUGAAGAGCAACAAGUUACUGGAGCAUCACAGACUGAACCUUUCAAAACCCAUGAGCAGGAUACCGUUGAAGAAGAUGCUGAGGAGCAACAGACUUUGGAAACGUUAGUUGUGAACUUAGUGGCUGAGGAUCAACAAGUUACUGAAACACAAUUAGUUGAACCUUCCAAAGUCCACGAACAAGAUACCUUUGAAGAAGAGGUAGAAGAACAACAAACUUCUGAAAUGGAACCCAUGAAAAACUAUGAUGCCGACGUCUUGGAUGAAGAAUCUCAAAAGCAGCAGAUUGUAGAAACACCAACUGUUGAACCCACGAAAGACCUUGAUCCGGAUACUCUGGAAAAAGAGAAUGUAGAACAACAAACUUCUGGAAUUGAACCCAUGGGAUACUCAGUACAAGACACGUUGAACGUCGAGGCUGAGGAGCAACAAGUUAUUGGAAAAUCCUCUGUUGAACCACUGGAAUAUUCUGACGAAGAGCAACAAAUUGUCGUAGAUCCAUCGGCAAAAGUGGUCGAAAUGGGUGAGAAAAUCUUAGAAAUCUUACCCGGUAUCGUCGAACAACUGUCAAACAUUGAAACGCUGAUCGAAGACGUCGAAAACAAUGUCGAUCCUUUAGAACGUUCCCAAUCACAAGAAGAAGAAUCGACGAAAGAACGCGGAGAUGAAUGGAACACAUUAACGGAACAUCGCGAACCGGUGGAACCGACAUUCGGCGAAAAUACAACUGGACCGCCGAUAGACGACGCCCGAAUUCUGGAACAAGUGGCUCGAUUAGUCUCGGAUCGAGCCACAAUGGGCCAAGAGGCCCAACAGGAGGAGCUCAACACCGAAUGGCAAGAAAUUCAAAAAUUGCUUGACAAUCGGCUGUCAGAUCAAUUGAGCCAAAGUGCAGACUCCUCAACGCAUACGUCUAGCGUUCGUUACCUAGCAACUGUAACCCAAGUCACUGUUCACGAAACAGUUGAAGAACGCACUGUCAAAUUGAACGACAACUUGGCUGCACUCAAAACAGCUGUGCAGCGCCGUGAAGUGGUCGUCAUCCAACAAAUUGUCAUCACCAUAGUCCGCACAGUCACGGAAUGGUUGGAUACAAUUGAAUACCGAGUAUACACCAUCAAACAAACCAAGAGCAUGGAACGACGAACGGAACAGAUUCAAAGCCUCUGUGAAGAAGUCCGUGUUGUUGAAGAGAGUCUCAAUACGCUCGAAGAGAUUACAGAGAUGGCAGUCGAGGUAGUCAACGAGGAUACCAAACUAUUGCUGCACAAGUGCGUCAAAUCGCUCAAACAACAAGUGCAGUCCAUCAGCGAAGUGACGAAGCGAAGCGAAGGUGAAAUUGAACACAUUCGACGUCAAUGGGCUGAAUAUUUGGAUCAAAUUAGUCACGAAGAAGAUCUUAUUAAAGAGCUCAUGCAUCAACUCCGAAUGUUACAGACGGCAGAAAAAUUGCCCAGUCAAGAAAAGCUUGUCCAGCUCGAAGAUAUCGAAACAGCAGUACAAGAACGAUUGGAAGGUGUGACCCAAUUGCUUCAUUCCGGACACGAGUUAGUCAAGGAAACGCCUUUCUAUCAAAUGCCCGAAAGUGCGUACGCCCUGCUGGAUACAAUCAAAAGUGUGGAAGAGACGGUGAGGGAUGAACGAAACGUCCUGCUACACAAGGCCGCCUUGACGGCUGAAUAUCGUCAAACGUUACAAGAAUUCGCCGAAAUUGUUCGGCUUUCUGAAGCGUUGUCUGAUAGCAAAUUGGCGGCUCGAAAUCCACCCGAAGCUUCCCAAGAAUUGGAGAAAAGACAGCGAUUCCUGUUCUGUCUUAGCCAUUUCUUGCAGGUACUUGACACCCUCGAACCUCAUCUCGACCUGGACACUCGUUCACUGUGCCAAGAUCUUCACGCCGAGCUCGUCGUUCAAGCUGGAGCCAUAUUAGAUCGAGCUGUUAACCGCCAAGAGAUUGUCGAAAUGACUUUGGCUUCUUGGAAUCUGUUGGAAUCGCAAUGGGCCCAAGAAGACGAAUGGUUCCGUCAGCUUCAGAUACCAGACAUUUCCGACAUUCGAAGUGAAAUGUUUGCGCAUCUGACAGAACCCAUUAAGGAUGUGCUGGAGUCGAUGGAACAUCAUCGAUCGGUAGCUGCUCAGCUGGUAGAAUCCACUAGAAGUUUGGAUUGCUUGUUUUCGGAUCGUGGAUUGGAAGCGAAAUUCCAAGAACGCAUUGUACAAUUGCAGCAGAUGAUCAACGAUACACGAGCUACCCAUCGUCAACUGUUACUGUCUGCUGAACAUUGGAACCAAUUCAGGGAGUUCGCUUCCCAUAUUAAACCUUGGCUUACGGAGGCGACUGCCCAGCUGCAAACGUUAGUAAACAAAGCUGAGAGAGGGAGAGUGAGCCAUGAAGACUGCCUGCAAUAUUGGGUGGUAAGGACUGAAGCUGAAGAAAAGCAACAGGAGUGGGUGCAAGCGAAAAUGCAGCUGGACAGGGCCAUUGCACUCGUGUCCGUUGUGGAUGAAGAUGAAAACCGUCGACUCUGCGUAGAAAUAGACGAGUCUUGGAUUGAGCUGGAUCGCGAGCUUCAACGUGUCGAAAAAGCUUUACUUCAAGGCCUAGCCCAGCAAGAAGACAUCCCGCUAGAAGACCGAUUGAUUUGCAUCGAAUGCUCACACGCUAGAAUUCAGAGUGCAUUGGAUCAAUUACCCGUCAAGUAUGGUAGCCCUGAAGAAACGACAACCCGUCGGAAAGAACUACAAGCUUUGUACAACUUCACCGAAUGGCAACUGAAAGAGAUAUCCGCCCUCGGCGCAUCCAAUCCGCAUCUGGCUGCAGACCGGGCGGAACAUUUGGGUGUGUUGGCCAGAAGGACUAAGGAAAUGACGAACGAUAUCCAUCAGCGGUUGGAGAAAUUGCGCCAAGUUCAGCAGUGGAUGAUUUCGUUCCAGCGGUUCUACAGCACCACCUCCCGCCGUCUCCAGGAGGUCUUCAUCUGCCUACAAAAGGCGUCUAUUUAUAGAGAUCCACUGUGGCUGGCACAAGCAGCCCAGCUGUGCGAGGAGAGUGAACGUGAGCUGCAGUCGAUUGCCGUCGAAUCCGCCAAAUUGCAGCGUCAGUUGGAACUUUGCCCGAAAGAUGGCGCGACUGCCGUCGUAGACGAGACCAGCUUCUUGGAGUCGCUUCUACAGCUGGAUCGCUCACGACAACGAUCUCGCGAUCUGUUGCAGCAGACGCGGGCAUCCGUAGCCGAUCGGCUGGAACGUUGGAGAUUAUUCGAGAAUUCUGUGAAUCGUGUACUGUCCCUCAUCAAGCGACUCAAGUAUGCCCGCAACAUGGCCUCACUCAAAGGCUCUGUCGAUCUGCAGCGCCUCCUCUCUGCAAAACAAUCGAUAGAGAACAUACACGAGGAACUGACGACCAAUCAACAUUUAGUGAGCGAAGUAGGACGGUUAGCCGAACCGUUUGAACCGCAAGCCGGUGAAACAGCGGCCGAUAUCGCAGUGCAGUGGACAGAGUUAGAAUCAUCUCUGGAACGUUUGUCCCAUUGUUACGGACAUGCAGCCGCCGAUUGGAUGGGCAUCGAAGCCGAACUGGACGAUAUACAACAAUGGUGCUCAGUUAAGAUAGAUUGGAGCCAACGCAGCGUCAUACCCGGUGAAGAAGAGGAAACCUUGGCACAAAUCCAGGCUAUCGGUGAAGAGCUCUUAGUGCAGCAAGACCGUCUUGAACGUGGGCGAUUAGCGGCCAGUGAAUUGGGCCGUUCUAUCGCCAUGAGUCCCGUCGUCGUGGAUAAUUCCAUCUCUAUGGUGGGCGCGGAUGCCACUUCGGCUGCUAUGCCCGUCAGUCUGGUUUCCACGGCUGAACAUGUCGCACAACAACUACAACUAUUACAACAGUCCAUGACUGUGUUGGCCGAUAUCGCCGAGAGGCAGAGCAAUGCCUUCAGCAAUUGCAACGGCACAAUCCUCUCGGCAGAAAAGAUCAUUAAUAACGCCCGACAGACGUUGUGCACCGUGGAGGAAGACGCUGCCGGGGAACGCAUCGAAGAUCAGUUGGUUGUUUUGCGUGAUCAAUUGCUGCAGCUGAGCCCCACGGAGCAGCAACUGAACAGUGCACCCAUCAGUGAGCAAUUGCCUGCUGUGGUGGAGAUUAGACCGCAGGCUGCCCUUUGCGCUACAACCUUAACCAUUCAAACCACUCUACAACAAUGGGAAUCGAUUUUCCAAAAAACUUUUGCCGAAUACGAGAGGUUGUUAAACAAGUUGCAGGAUCGCUGCGACGAGUCGGCUACAGCCCAAGUUUGGCGUGACCAUCUUGACCAAGCUGAGAAAUACCUCAGUCGCUCGCUACCCGAUCAAUACCUAUCCACCUGCGAAGAUCGUGAUUUGUGCGAGCUGCACGAGAAUCUGCUGAUACGUCAUCAUUCAGUCUUCCAUUCGACUCAAUCCAGCAAUGAAACACGGGAGGUGGAAGCGGCUGAAACCACGGAAGAAGUCAUUGAGCCGAAAGUUGCGUGCAACCUGCAGGGCUUGCAUCGAGCGGUCCUCACGCGUAUCCGCCUACGUCAUGCCGCCCUCAGUGACAGAGCUUUAGCUUGGGAACAAUAUCGCUCUGCGCUGUCCAAACUUCUUAGCUGGUUGGACGCUGCCGAAAGAGAACGCAAGCACCUAGUCCUCCGCCAAAUCCAGGAGCACGGACUACCGACUGCGCUUCACCGAGUCGAAGUUUUAUUGGAUAAGAUCGGACAGGGACAGAGGGUCCAAGUCGAACUUGACAGAGCCGCUCGUCAGUUGUUGGAGAAACUCGGAGAAGAAGAAAGCGCCACGACAGUUAGAGCCGAUCUUAAAUCAGCGGCCGCGCGUUUAACGGAUUUAGACGCGGGAUUGCGAACGUGGCGUGAUUUCCUGGAGAGAGUUGCCCGGCUGUAUCAGAAUUUAGAGAAGGGUGUUGAAGGUAUCCGCCAACAGCUUCAGUCGGUUCAAAGCGAUUUGAUACCUGAGAACGAACUGCCUUCAUCUACCGAAGCUGUUUCAGAACUGCUUCAACACUACAGAGAACAAUUACUUAUGGUGCAAACUUUGUCUUCCGACGUGGAGAAACAAGAAGUCGUGGCCGGUGAAAUUCGUUCUUGUGUCAACAUUCCCGAUGCCAAGCGAAUUUGGCAGCGCCUUGCCGCCCUUCAAAUUCGACGUUGUGAAACCGAAGAUCGCCUCAAUUCACUCAUCCAAAUGCUCGAGGAUCAACAAGAUUGGCCCAAAGUCUUUGAGAUGCGAUACGCCCGCUUCGUCAACUGGGCGUCCACCAUGGAACAACGGCUAUUGCAAAAACAACGUGCCUUAGUGGACGAUAUGGUCCAACGGCUCUCCGGUCCUUUACGAGAUGAACUAGCGGCGAAAGAGAGUGAGCAUCGCUGGUUGGUGGAUCAAGGCAGAGCGUUGAUCCUCGUUUGCGGUAAUCAAGAGAGAAGAGACGAGAUUCAGAGCAAAGUGGCCAACGUCGAAGAGAUCUGGAAGAAGCUGAUGGAGACGUGGAACCACGAGCUACAGCGUCUGCAACAGCUACCUACGGAUUUAGAUGGACUCAACAAUAGUCUAGCGGAAUUGACCGUCUGGCUGGGUCAAACUGAGGCAGCAAUCAACGCCCCAUUAACCAUUUCCGCUUGCAAUUCGGCUGCUGUUGAGAGCCGACUUGCAGAACAUCGUAAUCUAGAGCUGUCCAUCGAGCAAAAGCGCCCUAUUGUUGCAUCCGUCUUGGAUCUGUGCAACAGUUUCACCGUCAAUUACACUUUACUCCACGGAUGGCUGGGCCCUGAUCUGGAUGCAGUACAAUAUGCUACUCAAUCCCUCCAGCGACGUUGGAAAUCCAUUUGCCAAUUAGCGAGGGAAAGAUCUGCCCUUUUACAAUCCUUGUGGCCUGACUGGUCAGCUGUGCUGGAAUUGCACGGCCAGUUGGAUCAGAUCAUGUCUGUUAUAGAACUUGCAACACCUAAUGAUACCAGUGGAGCUUCAUCGUCAUUCGAAGUGGAACAGCUGAGUACGCUUCUGGAAAAUCUCAUUCAAGAGCUCCAUGCGCCACUCACCCGCCAAAAGCUGGACCAACUCAAUGAACGCUAUUGUAUCUUGGCGCGAGACGGCCGCCUUGAUGCUGCCGGUGAAUUGCAGCAAUUAGUAGCUUGUCUGAACGCUAGAUGGAGGGAAUUAUCUGAUAGAUUAUCAACGCUCCUUCAAACGAGUAGAAAUGCGACUUCAUUGAUUCACCAUUGGCAGGGAUUGCGCGAUCGGCUUUUGGUAUGGUGCUCGCACUGUGAAGUCCAAGUCCAGCAGAUGGAGAGCGAUGCAUUAUCGGGAGAGAGCGAUCCAGCCGAAGUACUAAGACAGCUAGCAGAAGAUUUACAAGUGCUGGAGAAUGCCCGAGCUGAAAUUAGGGAACUCGGACGAGCGCUAGUUAAGCAAGGCACAGCUGAUAUGCAAUCACAAUUGGAUGAUUAUCUGAAAACUGAAGAUAUAGUCUUGUUAAAAAUGGCUCAAAUGCAAGUCCGGCUAGCCGAAAAAGAUCAAGAACGUCAAAUGGCAACUGUCAUGGCCGGUGCUGGUGCCCAGAAUUUUAGCAUGGCUGAUUCUGGUGUCUACAGCUAUCCUUUGGAUAACGAUGCUCCACAAGGAUCAGGUGCAGCAGCUUUCGACGAUAGCGCCAUUAGCUUAUCGCUUCCAGAUGCCCGUAACACUUCCGUUUCGGUUGGAACCACGACUUCCUCAUCAAAGGUCAUUCCACCUAGACUCGCAGAAGAGACUCGUGUGACAGCUACCCGAACUGCUAAAUCUCCAUCCCGCGUCACCCCAACUAGACCAUUGGAAGAAAUUCGUGUGGCAGCUACUCAAACUGGUACACCUCCAUCAAAAGUACCUCCAGCUAGGCCCAUUGAAGAGAUACCCCAAGAAGCUACUGGAGCCAAACAGCGCACAUAUGCCGAAGUGGCGAAAACUGCGGUCGUGGCUUCUCAUCAGCGAUUAACUCCGCCUCCUGUGUCUAUCAAAUCGGACACUCAAAGGCAUCUGGAAUUAGCUUUAGACGAGUGGAGACAAAGAUUAGCUCGUCUCGAUCAUUUGAUCAAAACAUCCAUCAGUACUGAACCAUCUACCGACGCAGCGAACGAAAUUGCACGAAUGGUAGCCACCUGCCGGUCGUCCCACGAUUUAACUCAACAUUUGUGCAGCCGUCUCGUAUCAGAAUCCUCGUUAACCGAUCCCAGGCAACUGGAAACGCUUACCAGACAAACGUCUGCCUUACAGGACGAAUUCCAACAGCUUGAAAUGCUGGCCAAAUCCAAAGAACGCAACUUACGAGAUGAAAGCCCUGUGUUGGGCGCGUCAAAUAGUGGGCAUGAAGUGGCAUCGCCCCGCUCCUCGUCCACUGCUGUUGGUGGGAAAUCAACUUCAUGUCCCCUGUGUUCCAGGAAAACAUGGGCCCAACAAGAGCAGGACCUUUGGCGUUUGGAGCGAUGGCUAGAGCAUGCGGAAAAUCAAUUCCGGGCCCACGAACGCAUUCCGACCAACAUGGAGCAGCUAGAAGAUACCGUUCAGGAUUUCCGGGAGCUGUCACUCGAUUUAGAUAGCCACAAAAACAUCAUUAUGUCGUUGAAUAUUGUCGUCAACCACGUCGCUCAACACGCCGUCACUGCCGACUUGCGAGCUGCCGAUCGUCUUCGGAGCCGAUUGGCCGCGGCUAAUAGCCGCUGGGAUGCUGUGUGCAAGUCCGCGGCACGAAUCCAAGGACGGCUACAGUCCUCCCUCAUGCAGAAUGAAGAGUACCAUCGUACCAUUCGCGACUUGGUUAGCUGGUUAGAAAGGACGGAAGCGGACAUCCAAAGCGCCGAACCGAUCGAUUUGACCGUGGGCAACAAACAGCUGAAGGCCCAACUAACAAAGUUCCAGGAUUUAUACGCCCAACUGAGCCAAUUUGAACCGCGCGUGACGUCGAUGCGAGAGAUUGCUGACCAAGUCUUUGCCCAGUCUGCAGCUGCGGAUAGUGCCCAGCUUAGGUCCAAAUUGGCUGUGUUGAACGACCGUUUGACUUCCCUAUUAAAGAUCUGCGGACAAUACAAGCAAUUGCUAGACGGGGCCUUGCGUAACCGAGGAGCUUCCGCAUCACCUUCCACUCCUUCUGGGUUGAACUUGAGCGGAAUGUCGUCGCCCGGAGUCAAAUCCCCGCGCCCGUCUAUUGUUGUUUUACCAUCCACAGAGUCGCCUUGUCGGUCGCCAUCUCCGAGAGUUCCCCGCGCCUCGUCCAUGGACGAGCGUUCAUUCACCAGCACUGUCCAUUCCAAUUUUGCUGCUGCGACUGCUUCCGCCCGGACACCGGAUCGGGAAGAAUCCAGUGGAAAUGCUGCUGCUGCGGCUGCCGUGGACACGAGCGUCUUGCAGCGCGGUUAUCGCUUCUUCGGUAGAGUGAUCCGAACAGCGCUGCCCAUCCAGGCCGUGAUGCUCCUGGUCCUCGGUGUUGCUUCCCUAGUACCUAAUAACAAUUCUUGCAUGGAUGCCAAUACGUUCGUCGAUUCGCUCGAGUUCGUACUCGGUUAUCCGGAUGGAGCCCCGCCUACUUAGGAAAACCCGCCUUCACGAAUCCUUUUUCUUUCAUCUCUUCAUUUCUCCUGCUCUCUCUCUCUUCCUCCAUCGCGCACCUUUCAAUUAAAGGCUGCUAUAUCAAUACCGUUGAUAACUAUUAAAAGAAAACGUAUUGCCGGUGCUAGGCUAGACAUUUCACAAAGCCUUUUGUGGACCGAGGGUUUAAGUAGAAAUUCUUUAUUUAUCUUAAGAGACAUCGUCGAGGAUAAUGUUGCCAAACGCUGUGCGCUAAACUGUCAAUGCGCUUUAAGUAGAAAACAAUUUAGAAGAAAACCGAAAAUUAAGAAUGGAGAUUGCGAAUUUAUCGCACUUACACAGGGGGAAACGAUUAAAUUUGAAAGAAAAGAAAAAAUAAUUGAAAAAUUAAUUUAAAAAAAAAAACAGGGAAAGAGAGACGGUGAUAGAAUUUUUGUUCAAAAUUCGCAUGUCGAUCCUGGUUGCUGAAGAAGAGAAACGACGUAAUGAAAAACAAAUUGACUACUAAUGCUGCCCAGCAAUCUAAUAUAAGUAUAUGUCUAAAACACACCUUUAAAAAAAAUCUAUGAGCGUUACAAAAUUCACAAAACGUGCUUCGUCAAUUCGGUUGUGCUGUGUGUGUGCGUGUGUGUAUUGUGUUCCGUCAGGAACAGGAAGUUUCAAUGCUAAUCCGGCCAUAUAAAAAUUCAUGUUUCUUUUUUUUUUUUUUGUUUUCCAAGAGAAAAAGAAUCAAACAAAACUUGACACACGGCGGAGUGGAACACGCCUGUUGUUGACUUUUGUUUUUCUGAUUCGAUAUUGAAUUUUUGAAGACACAAACUAGGAUUUCUAAAUUGCCUGUAUUUCUCCUUGAAUUUCUACCCACAAUGAAACCCAUGUGUCCUUUACAAUGCUGCGUGCUAGAUUCGUUACUUUCUUAUAGACUCUGCCUCUAGUCUCUUCGAUGUAAUCCCUCCUUUUUCCUUGUUUAUCUUUUACCAGAUAUAACUUUUUUUGUUUUCUCUUCUCACUGCGCCUAACCCAAAAAAGACAUUUACUGGAUUUGUGAGAAAUACUAUUGUUUUUGUUUUCUUUUUUUCUCAUUAUUAUACACUAUUAUUUUUUCCCCAAUCAGCAGCUAGCUCUAACCCACUAUGUCUGUUGUUACAUAAUGUAUCGCCUGACACGUCGUAAUACCAUAUUAUUGGCCACGAAGACAUAAAUUUUUCUUUUGGGAAAACGUUUGCGGCAGCCAACUAGGCAAUCGCCGACGAAGCAUUAAUAUUCAAAGUGUUCGUCGCAUGUAAUGAGGAAAGAAAAAGAAAGUGAUGUUGAAUACACGUUGAUUUAUUCAUUCUAAA